GCUUUCGGUCUGCCAGUGGUGGGAUCCAGCGGUCCCACAAGCCUCUCUCUUUCUCUCUCUCUCCCCAUCUCUGCACCCUUCACGCGGCGGAUCAUGGCCGAGCAAGAAAGCCUGGAGUUUGGGAAGGCUGAUUUCGUCCUCCUAGACCAGGUCACCAUGGAAGACUUCAUGGAGAACCUGAAGCUGAGGUAACUACCUGGAAGUCCCGAGGGUUGCGAAAGAUGGCGGGGCCGGGGGGUCAGUUGUGUGGGGCCUGUGGGACUCUCCGCCUCAGGAUAUGGCUAGGGAGGGUCGCUGGCAAGAGACUGAAGAGGAGACUCAGGAAGAGAGCUGCUGGAUCAGGUCCAAGGCUGGCUUCCCAUUUCCCAGAGUGGCCAGCCACAGCCAUUUAGCUGCGACUGCUGCGUUGCAGGCGGGUCAGGCUAGAUGACCACUGCUGUCCCCUCCAGCUCCAUAGCUCUUUGAUUUCCCACAGCUGACGGGUAAUCUACCUCUCCUUUAAAUCAGAACCAGUGAAGGUGGUGAAGGUCCUGUGUGAGUGCCUGGAGGUGGUUGGAGGAUGGAUGGUGGCUAACAGAUUGAGGUUGAAUCCUGGCAAGACAGAAGUACUGUUUUUGGGGGACAGGAGGCGGGCGGGUGUGGGGGAUUCCCUGGUCCUGAAUGGGGCAACUGUGCCCCUGAAGGACCAGGUGCGCAGCCUAGGACUCAUUCUGGACUCACAGCUGUCCAUGGAGGCACAGGCCGAUUCUGUGUCCAGGGCAGCUAUCUACCAGCUCCAUCUGGUACGCAGAAUGAGACCCUACCUUUCCGCAGACUGUCUCGCCAGAGUGGUGCAUGCUCUGGUUAUCUCCCGCUUGGACUACUGCAAUGCGCUCUACAUGGGGCUACCUUUGAAGGUGACCCAGAAACUGCAAUUAAUACAGAAUGCGGCAGCUAGACUGGUGACUGGGAGUGGCUGCCGGGACCAUAUAACAUUGGUCCUGAGAGAUCUUCAUUGGCUCCCAGUAUGUUUCCGAGCACAAUUCAAAGUGUUGGUGCUGACCUUGAAAGCCCUAAACGGCCUUGGCCCAGUAUACCUGAAGGAGCGUCUCCACCCUCAUUGUUUAGCCCAGACACUGAGGUCCAGCUCCAAGGGCCUUCUGGCAGUUCCCUCGCUGCGAGAAAUAAAGCUACAGGGAAUCAGGCAGAGGGCCUUCUCGGUGGUGGCACCCGCCCUGUGGAACGCCCUCCCUUCAGAUGUGAAGGAAAUAAGCAACUAUCCCAUCUUUAAAAGACAUCUGAAAGCAGCCCUGUUCAGGGAAGUUUUUAAUAUCUAACGCUGUACUAUUUUUAACACUUGAUUGGGAGCCGCCCCGAGUGGCUGGGGAAACUCAGCCAGAUGGGCGGGGUAUAAAUAAUAGAUUAUUAUUAUUAUUAUUAUUAUUAUUAUUAUUAUGUUUUAUCGAAUACUCCAUCUUUCCUGCAAUGAACUCAGCUUGUGCUAUGAGGUUCUGUCAACCUUCUCCUGUUUUAUUUUUACAACAACGCGGCGAGGUAGGCCUGGCAGAGAUAUGAUGACUGGCCCAAGGCUGGCCACUGAACUUCAAGCAGGGAUUUGAACCUGGUUCAAAUUUAGUGCUGUCAUCACCUCCGAAUCUAAAUAUGAUUUCCAUAUAGCUACCAUCGUUGCUACCAGCCACUGAUAGGACAGCCCACACAUUUGUGGCUUAGGGCCCUCGUAUUUACAGGACCGCCUCUCCUGGUCUGCCCCGCAGUGGACCUUAAGGUCCAUGAAUAAUCAUAGUUUAGAGGUCCCGGGCCCUAAGGAAGUCAGACUAUCCUCCACCAGGGCCAGGGCCUUAUCAGUGGUGGCUCCGAUCUGGUGGAAUGCUCUGUCCCAGGAGACCAGGGCCCUGCAGGAUUUAACCUCCUUCUGCAGGGCCUGUAAGACAGAGCUAUUCCGCCUGGUUUUCAAUUUGAACUUAGCCUGAUCUCUUAUUCCCCUUUCUCCCCUCCCCCUCCUCUUUUUAUGAAGAUUACCCGCUCUGGGAUCCCACAGCUAAUUCUCCCCUGGUCUCCUUGCUGGCCCAAAUACGACUAAUCAUCUGAUGUUUAUUGGAUGGAUUUCCCCCCUAAACUGAUUUUUGAAUUCUGAAUUUAUUGAUAUUCAUGUUUUAUACUGUAUUUUAUGCUGUUUUUUGUUGCACCAAUUAAGUGUUUUAAAUUUGUUGUUAGCCGCCCUGAGCCUGGUUUUCUGAACCGGGAAGGGCGGGGUAUAAAUAAAAAAUUAUUAUUAUUAUUAUUAUUAUUAUUAUUAUUAUUAUUAUUUGUCUCAUUCUUUCAAGUCACCUGAGCCGGUGGCUGUUGCCACAUCUUGUGGCAGUGAGUUCCAAAGGUUAAGGGUGCAUUUUGGGAGCCAAAGAAGGAAUGCCCGGUACAUACACUCACACAGGUGGUGGUGGUGACUUCAGGUUCCCAAACGAAACUGGCAACAAAAAGCGAGGCAGAAACACAAAGAAACUGGGUAGGAACUGAAGAGUUUUGGACGCAGAGCAGACCCUCCCUGUCACACGUGAUAUUGCUGAGCAGCUUGUGGAAAUGAGAAACUCAAAGCAGUUUGCUGCUUCUCUCCCUCCCUGGUCAGAAGACGGAAGGAGCGAUGGAUGAAAAGGCAGAGGAAGAUUGGAGGGUGGUUGGUUUUUUGAGUGGGUGGAAGCAAAGGCUUUGCGGUUGGGAAUUCAGGACUUUGCGUGACAAAGUGAGAAGCCGUGAUGGCUUAAAGGUUUGCGUGAAGGUUCCGGCGUUUUCGUGGCAAUUGGAGACUGUGCUCUCAGCAUCCUUAGUCAUUUAGUCGUGUCCGACUCUUCAUGACCCCCUGGACCAGAGCACGCCAGGCCCUCCUGUCUUCCACUGCCUCCCACAGUUUGGUCAAACGCAUGCUGGUAGCUUCCAGAACACUAUCCAACCGUCUCGUCCUCUGCCGUCCCCUUCUCCUUGUGCCCUCCAUCUUUCCCAACAUCAGGGUCUUGUCCAGGGAGUCUUCUCUUCUCAUGAGGUGGCCAAAGUCUUGGAGCCUCAGCUUCAGGAUCUGUCCUUCCAGUGAGCACUCAGGGCUGAUUUCCUUAAGAAUGGAUAGGUUGCAUCUUUUUGCAGUCCAUGGGACUCUCAAGAGUCUCCUCCAGCACCAUAAUUCAAAAGCAUCCAUUCUUCGGCGAUCAGCCUUCUUGAUGGUCCAGCUCUCACUUCCAUACAUCACUACUGGGAAAACCAGAGUUUUAACUAGCAAACUGCAACUCUCAGAAUUCUUUAGGGAAAGCCAUGGCGAUUUAAAGUGGCCCUAGCCACUCUGGGCAGCUUCCAACAGAUAUAAAAAGGUAACAAAACAUUAAAUAUUACAAAACAUCCCUAUGCAGGGCUGCCUUCAGAUGUCUUCUAAAGGUUGUAAACUUCCUUAUCUCCUUGUCUUGGGGGUCGCAUAACCGUCCAACAUUUCUCCAAUGAAAAUAGGGACAUCCUAUGGAAAAGUGGGACAUUGCCGGAUAAAAUCAGAAACCGGGACAGCUUCUGUAAAUCCGGGACUGUCCCUCGAAAAUAGGGACACUUAGAAGGUCUUGCAUUUGGAGGCAACAAAGCUUCUGAAUACGAGUUUCUGGAAAUCACAUGUUGGGCGAGUUCUCUUGCAUUCAAAUGCUGCUGGCGGGUUUCCCAUGAUAUCUCUACCCCCAUCGUUCUGCCCGGACACUGAGGUCCAGCUCCGAGGGCCUUCUGGCGGUUCCCUCAUUGCAAGAAAUGAGGUUACAGGGAACCAGGCAGAGGGCCUUCUCGGUGGUGGCACCCGCCCUGUGGAACGCCCUCCCAGCAGAUGUCAAGGAAAUAAGUGGCUAUCUUAUAUCUAUUUUUAUUUUUAAAAUAUUUUUUAUUAGGGAUUUCAACAUAACAAUUUAUCAUAAAUACAUCAUCCACAUUCCCCCCCGUUUUCCCCCUCCCCCCUAAAAAAGAAAAAUAAACCACCCACCCACCCCCAGACUUCCCUCAGCUCCUCUCUCUGAUUUCUCAGCACGUUAUUCUCUGCAUGCUUUAAAAUUGUAAAGAUCCUUAAUUUAUAUAUCUAUAUCUAUAUCUAUAUCUAUAUCAUCUAUAUCUAUAUCUAUAUCAUCUAUAUCUAUAUCUAUCUCUAUCUCUAUCUCUAUCUCUAUCUCUAUCUCUAUCUAUAUCUAUAUCUAUAUCUAUAUCUAUCUAUCUAUCUAUAUGUUACCAGUAAAAAGUUUGUGUAUGUUUAUUCAAAACCUGCCAAGGAGUCCAGUUCAUUUUGUUGUUUCUUUAAGUACUUUGUGAAAGGUUCCCAUUCUUCUUUAAAGUCACAGUUGUGGGACGCACAUGUUGGCCACAUUAGCACAUCUGAGCCUGGCUUGUGUCCUUGUUUUUAUUGCACAACGGUUGUGUACGCCGGAGAAGAGCUGUCACUCUAAGGCCUUGCAUCGCAGGAGGCGGAUGAGGCAAAGAGGGCUCUGCCCAUCUUCUGUCCUCCAACCUGGCCUCUGUGGUUAGUCCCCCUUCCUCUUCUCGGUUUGACGCACCCUGGGAGUUUCCUGCAAGCCGCCCUUCUUCCUGUGUUUACAGGAAGGCGUUGGUUUCUCAACUUCAGAGCAGACUUUUGCCCUUGACAGACAGGGGAGCAGACUUUUGUUUCUGUAGCCCCUGCAGGCAGCUAGUGCCCAGGGGUGCCCAGCGGGCAGAGACAGGGCAAAGGGACCCGUUGUAGGUGGCACCGUGUUGGGGGCGGACAGAGGAAAGGCAGAGAGUGGCCACUUCCGGACUGUCACUCUUUGGCAGGUGGGAUCCAGUCGCAUUCUUGCAAAUUCAGCUUGCAGAAUUAGAGCGGGUUUGGCACUCUGUGGGGGCACACCCGGUGCCGGAUUUACGUAUAAGCUAAACAAGCUAUAGCUCAGGGCCCCACUCUCUUGGUGGCCCCCCAAAAAUUUAAUGGGAAAAAUUCUGGAUACAUAUUUUCAAAAUACAGUCAUACCUCAGGUUACAGAUGCUUCAGGUUGUGUGUUUUUUGGGGGGGGUUAUGGACCCGCUGAAACCCAGAAGUACCGGAACGGGUUACUACCGGGUUUCGGCGGCCGCACAUGCGCAGAAGCCCUAAAUCGCAACCCACGCAUGCGCAGAUGCGGCGCUGCGGGUUGCGAAUGUGCCUCCCGCACGGAUCACGUUCGCAACCCGAGCGUCCACUGUAUAAGAUAAAAAACAAAUACUGUAUUUUUCCGUGUAGAAGACUAUAUUUCCCCCCAAUUUUUUUAAGUUUAAAAUUGGGGGUCGUCUUAUACACGGAAUGUUGCAAUUAAGAAUACGGUGAAAUAAAACCUACAUACAGCAACAGUGUAUGGUGUUUUGUAGGCUCCUAUGAGGUAUGUCAUGGGCCCCGCCUGCUUGCCUGCUCCCUAAAAAUAACGGGUUUGCUCCUUUCUAUAUGUAGGGUGCCUACAUUCUGCAUGGACUGGUUGCAUGGCAACAUGUGCAAAUGGCUUGAGAUACAUAUGAGGUCCAAAAAUUACCUUUCGGGCUGCUUGCUCUUUCUCCUCCACUGCCGCCACCACCAGGUUUGUGGUGUGGUGAACCGGCUUAUACUCGAGUCAAUAGGUUUUCCCAGUUUUUUGUCCUAAAAUUAGGUACCUUGGCUUAUACUCGGGUCGGCUUAUACUCAAGUAUAUACGGUAUAUUAUGACCAAUAUCUCCUCUUCUUCCUCUUCUUCUUCUUCUUCUUCAGCAAUCCCUUGUAGCCGAGUAAGAUUGUCUUCCAUAAACAUGGUUUUAACAAUGAGUCUGUAAGUGACUGUGGAGGCCAAUUCUGGAUCCACACGUCCUUCCACACUGGGGACAUUGGUUUCCGGGCGGGAGUUGAUCACAGUGUGGAUUUGCCAAGCGUGCCUUCCUCUUAACACAUUUCUCCCUUGCGUCCUGAGUUCAAGCGUCUUCAAAGCCCAUGACACCUUUGGUCAAGGCUGUUCUCCAACUGGAGCGCUCGCAGGCCAGUGUUUCCCCGUUGUAAGUGUUUAUACUACAUUUUUUUAGAUUUGCCUUGAGUCAGUCUUUAAACCUCUUUUGCUGACCACCAGCAUGACGCUUUCCAUUUUAAAGUUCGGAAUAGAGUAGUUGCUUUGGAAGACGAUCAUCAGGCAUCCGCACAACAAGACCAGUCCAAUGAAGUUGAUGUUGAAGAAUUGUUGCUUCAACACUGGUGAUCUUUGCUUCUUCCAGUACACUGACAUUAGUUCGCCUAUCUUCCCAAGUGAUGUGUGAAAUUUUUCGGAGACGCCGUUCCUUACUAUAUGCUUGUGAAACAUGGACCACUUAUAAAUGCCAUCUCCAACUCCUCAAUUGGCCUUGAGAGAGUCUUUAAACCUCUUUUGUUGACCACUAGCAUUACGCUUUCCAUUUUUAAGUUGGAAAGAGAGUAGUUGCUUUGGAAAGAAGGAUCUUUUUAUCACAUGUGGUGGGAAUGUAAGAAAGAGAAAAGCUUCUGGGAAAUGAUUUAUGAUGAGAUGAAAAAGAUGUUGAAAUAUACAUUUAUUUUUUAAAAAACCAGAAGCAUUUCUACUUGGCAUUGUAGGGGAGGAUAUUAACAGACCGGAUAGUAAAUUGUUUUUAUAUGCAGCAAUGGCAGCAAGAGUAUUAUUGGGACAGAAAUGGCAACAAGACGAAUGGCAGACGAAAUUAAUGGACUAUGUAGAAUUAGAUAAGAUGACAGGAAGGAUCCAAAACCUGCGGGACCAGAGAUUUGCAGAGGACUGGAGUAAAUAUUUGAACUAUUUGAAAAGCAUUUGUAAUGAACAGAUUACGCUAGUGGGACUGCAAUAAGUUUUGUAAGGAGGACUAUGCAAAAUAUUGUAGAGAAGAUUAUGAAGAGAGUUAUUCGUUCAGGACAAUUAAAAGUAAUAGGGAAAUCAAGAAAUGUAGAUUAAGUGAUAAAGAUUGAAAAAUCUUCAGAUGCGGUCGAUGGAAGCCCAAAACAUUGUAUGAGAUAAGAAAAUAUGUUACAUGGUUGUUGGGAAUGAUAUGUAAAAAAUUCAUAUAUAUAAAAUUAUAUAUAUAUAUAUAUAUAUAUAAAAUUAUAUAUGUAUAAAAAAAGAGAGUAGUUGCUCUGGAAGAUGAUAAUCAGGCAUGCCCUCCUAACUUUGCUCCUCUGUCCUCUUCAAGGUUCGAGAAAGGGAGGAUCUACACGUACAUCGGCGAGGUGGUGGUCUCCGUGAACCCCUACAAGCAAACGGCGCUUUACGGGAAAGAUGUGAUUGAGCAGUAUCGUGGCCGCGAGCUCUACGAGAGGCCGCCCCACCUCUUUGCGGUGGCCGACGCAGCUUACAAGGCCAUGAAGCGCCGGGCAAAGGACACCUGCAUUGUCAUCUCAGGUGUGGCAGGGGAGAGGUCUCUUGCUGCUCAAAUCCUCUUUGUGGGCUCCCCCGUAUAAACUGUUAUAAGAAAAAACUGCUCCUCUUCCCUUAUGGGCCACCCAAGAGCUCUUAUAGAGUCCUUAUCUAGGUUCUCUAUUGGUAGGAGAAAAUAACAGAGGCCAACCAGAGAAUAUUGAGAAGCAAAGCAGCUAGGAAGCCUGAUCUUUAUUGAUCUGUUGCAACAGGGUGUUCACACACAAACACACCCCCACGCAGGAGGGAGGAGGAACCCAGAACAAAGGUGUGCAAGCCCUUAUAUAGAUUUUUGAAAUUGCCACCCUGUAGCUCAAGCCCACUGAACCUAGGGCUUGCUGAUCGAAGGGUCGGCGGUUCGAAUCCCCGUGACAGGGUGAGCUCCUGUUGCUCGGUCCCUGCUCCUGCCAACCUAGCAGUUCGAAAGCACGUCCAAGUGCAAGUAGAUAAAUAGGUACCACUCCGGUGGGAAGGUAAACGGUGUUUCCAUGCGCUGCUCUGGUUCGCCAGAAGCGGCUUAGUCAUGCUGGCCACAUGACGCGGAAGCUGUACGCCGGCUCCCUCGGCCAGUACAGCGAGAUGAGCGCCGCAACCCCAGAGUCGGCCACGACUGGACCUAGCGGUCAGGGGUCCCUUUACCUUUACCUAUCUCAAUAUCACCCCCAAAUACAUCACAGAAGAGGCGGUCUACAGCAGAAUCCUGUCCGGCAGGAAACCUGUUGAUGGGUUUACCUAGACAGCCUGACCAUUCUUUUGUGAUGAUAAAUACUUAAUUCCUGAGUCCAGGUCACAGGCUCACCCUAUUCAUACCCAAAUGUGCCCUUAAGGCAGGAUUUGUGAGCGCAGAGACAAUGGGGAGGCUUUUCCCAUUUCCAUCCAAACUGCAGAGGAAUAUUUGAGGUCACUGAAAGAGUCAAAAUGGCUUUAGGACUGUUUUCCUGUACUGUUUUCCGACGUGUGGUUUAUAUAUCCAUAUAUGUGUUUGCCUGGUACAUUUAUGAACAAUUAUUUUAUAUCUUAGGGCGACCUUACAAUUCUCAUAACAAAACCAUCACAUCGCCACCCUGCAGUCUGAAGUGGGACCUGUCCUUAUCCCUAUUAUUGGAGGAAGCAUGCACCACCUCCACUGCUUUCCUCAACGUCUUGUUCUACUUCUUCUUCUUUUAUAUUUUGAAAGUUCUUUGUCUGUUCUCUAUGCUUUAAAAAAAAUAAUUAACAAUUUCAACAUAACAAUUUCAUUAUUCCCCCUCCCCAACAAACCCUCCCCCCAGACAUCCCUCAGCUCCUCCCUCUGAUUUCUCAACUCAUGUUGUUCUCUGCAUAUUGUAAAAUUGUAUACAUCCUUGUAUUAUCUAUCUGCUAUAUUAACCCUCAAUAAAUUUGUGUAUGUUUAUUCAAAACCUGCCAAGGAGUACAGUUCAUUUUAUUGUUUCUUUCAGUACUUUGUAGAAAGGUCCCCAUUCUUCUUUAAAGUCACAGUUGUCCUUGUCACGUAGUUCGUGUGUCAGUUUCGCUGGUUCUGCAUAGUUCAUCAGUUUCUCUUGCCACUGUACUUUUGUCGGGGUUUCCUCAUUCUUCCAUCCUCAUGUUAUCAAGACUCUUGCCGCUGCUGUAGCAUACAUAAAUAAGUUAUUUAUUUUCCUUGGCAGGUCUUGUCCGACAAUCCCUAACAAAAAUGCUUCUGGUUUUUUUGUUUUUUUACAAAUGUCAUUUUAAACAUUUUCUUCAACUCAUUGUAUAUCAUUUCCCAAUUUUUUAAAAUUUCUCUACAUUCCCAAACGUCUUGUUCUUCUUUAUAGGGGAAAGUGGUGCUGGAAAGACAGAGGCGAGCAAGUAUAUUAUGCAGUAUAUUGCGGCUAUCACAAACCCCACCCAGAGGGCAGAGGUGGAAAGGUAAGCUACUUUGUGGGUGCUCUUCCUGAAAUUGUAGUCUAGAGUGUGUGGUUGUUUUUGGCUACUAGCCAGAGCAACAACUCGUAACGAAAGUGUGGAGGUGCCACACCUGGAAGCAGUCUGUCCCCAAGUACCUGUGUUAACGGAGAAAUCUGAGGGCUCCCUUUGACAAAAAAAACAAGGACACCAGCCAGGAAUACCAGAGCAACACAGCAGCCAGUCAGCUUGGUUUUUAUUAAAGACUGUCGCGACAGGACUCCCACCUGCCACAAGGUGGAACAAGAUGGAAGCCCCGCACAAAAGAGCCCCCAAACUUUUAUUAGCUGCUAAUCCCCAUGUUUAGUGAUGUAUGGAAGUGAGAGCUGGACCAUAAAGAAGGCUGAUCGCCGAAGAAUGGAUGCUUUUGAAUUCUGGUGCUGGAGGAGACUCUUGAGAGUCCCAUGGACUGCAAGAAGAUCAAACCGAUCCAUUCUGAAGGAAAUCAGCCCUGAGUGCUCACUGGAAGGACAGAUCCUGAAGCUGAGGCUCCAAGACUUUGGCCACCUCAUGAGAAGAGAAGACUCCCUGGAAAAGACCCUGAUGUUGGGAAAGAUGGAGGGCGCAAGGAGAAGGGGACGGCAGAGGACGAGAUGGUUGGACAGUGUUCUCGAAGCGACCAACAUGAGGGAGGCAGUGGAAGACAGGAGGGCCUGGUGUGCUCUGGUCCAGGGGGUCACGAAGAGGCGGACACGACUAAACGACUAAACAACAACAACUAUCCCCAUGUUACACCCCCCAUGUUACAUGGUAAAAAAUUACCUUUUAGAACAGUUGAUGUGCUUAGAGCCUUGUUACAACAAGAGCAUAAAUUAAUAUCCCGACUGGGGACCAUGUUUCCAAAAGGAUUGAAUACUGAAUUUGAUCUUGGAUGUUAUAUAUGAACUCAGAUUAAUGUCUUCGUUUGUGCUGCAAUAGCAGAGAAGUGUAGCUGUACCUUUAAUUAUCUGUGAUGAUUGAUUUUAUACACCUGUGAUGUUGGUGUGGUUUAGUAGCCUAAGAAUUUUUUUAAGCAAUGUUCAGGAUUCGGGGGGGGGGUGAACCCAAGUCCCACAAGCCUGCAGUGUGUUGCACUGAAAAGUCGCUCCAAAUCCAGCAAAUUUUGCAGGGCUGAGCUUAGGAUUUUAACCUGGGUCUCUCCACUCGGAGACCAGCCCAGCAAUCGCUACAUCCCCCUGGCCCUGAUUCUUCCCUCUCUGUCUUCCUUCCUCUCUGCUUUCCUUCAGGGUGAAGAAUGUCCUGCUAAAGUCCAACUGCGUCCUGGAAGCUUUUGGCAACGCCAAAACCAACCGCAACGACAACUCCAGCCGGUUUGGCAAAUACAUGGACAUCAAUUUUGACUUCAAAGGGGACCCCACGGGGGGCCACAUCAACAACUACCUCCUGGAGAAGGUACUGGGUGUGGGUGAAGGUGGGGUGGCCCAAAUGAAUCAUUCUGUUAUAAGAAAAAAACCCUGCUCCUUUUCCCUUUUUACGGAGAAAUCUGAGGGCUCUCUUGGACAAAAAAACAAGGACACCAGCCAGGAAUACCAGAGCAAAACAGCAGCCAUUAGGCUUGGUCUUUAUUGAAGACUGUCGCGACAGGACUCCCACCUGCCAUAAGGUGGAACAAGAUGGAAGCCCUGAACAAAAGAGCCCCCAAACUUUUAUUAGCUGCUAAUCCCCAUGUUACAACCCCCAAACUACAUCACUUAUACAUCACGGUUACAUCAUGAAAGGGGAGGUCUGGUGGCAGUAAUCUGAGCAUCCUGGACCCUGCCCCAUGGUUCCCCUUGCCCUCCACCAAACACCCAUCAAGUGUAAAAAAGGAGAUCUUUACAUUUCCCUGUUUCCCAGCCAAGUUAAUCACACCCUUUUGUCUUCAUCUGGGUUUGUUAUUUCUGGAAUGGCUACCUGUCUGGCACUCAGGUAUCAGGAUGCCAGGGAUUAUCACUCAGGCAGAGGGGCUGCUGAGGAGCUGAGCUCACAUGUCUAUAUGAAUUUCUGAAGUUUUCCCAGUGAGCCAGUACUGAGAUACAUCUAUCAGUGAAUUGCCACAUUUGGUAUCAUGCAGCAAAGGCCCUUUGAAUAGAUAGGAAGAAACUGUGAUGAAGUGUUUUGUGGGGACAAAUCACAAAAGUCACAAAAGUGAUUGUGCUGAUUUUGGUAGUGGGCUGCAUGUGCAUGAUAUCUGCUGGAGGGGCAACCCCCCCCAACCUAUACAUAAAUUCCUGCAACACCCUUAUGGGGUAUCCAAGAGCCCAUAUAGAGUCCAUAAGGGGGUUCCCUAUUGGUAGGAGAAAAUAACAGAGGCUAACCAGAGUAAAUUGAGAAGCAAAGCGGCUAGUAAGCCUGAUCUUUAUUCAAGGAACUGAAUUUCCGGCGCCGCAAAAGCGAGUCCCCAGGCUGUGCUGGUUUAGCGCAGCGCGCGGGGACUCGCCGAAUGGGCGGCUUGGUUUGGGGGCAGCUUGGGGGCCGGUAAAACAACCGCCAUGGGCUGCUUGUGGCCCAUGGGCCUUAGCUUGCUGACCCCUGAAUUAAACUUAAGCGUAUUGGUUAUGCUUAAGGGACGCUGGUGGUGCUGUGGGUUAAACCACAGAGCCUAGGACUUGCCGAUCAGAAGGUCGGUGGUUCGAAUCCCCGCGACGGGGUGAGCUCCUGUUGCUCGGUCCCAGCUCCUGCCCACCUAGCAGUUCGAAAGCACGUCAAAGUGCAAGUAGAUAAAUAGGUACCGCUCCGGCGGGAAGGUAACCAGCGUUUCCGUGCGCUGCUCUGGUUCGCCAGAAGCGGCUUAGUCAUGCUGGCCACAUGACGUGGAAGCUGUACGCCGGCUCCCUCAGCCAGUAAAGCGAGAUGAGCGCCACAACCCCAGAGUCGGCCACGACUGGACCUAACGGUCAGGGGUCCCUUUACCUUUGUAUUGGUUAUAUGAGGCUGGUUAUCCCACAGUUCAAAGAUGUAUUCUGAGUUUUCCCUUCCCUUGCAGUCUCGCAUCCUCAAACAGCAGCCGGGCGAGAGGAAUUUCCACACCUUCUACCAGGUGAGCAAACCUCUAGAAGAGGACCCACCCUUUCCCCUUCCUGCUGGGAUUUCUCCCCAUUCCUGAUCUGCUUCUCCGUACUCAGAUUGUGUGUUGAUGUUGCUCCCUUAUCCCUCAAGAUCUCAAAGCGACGUAUGCCAUCAGCUAUAUAUUUUGGAAAGUGGUUUUCCGUCCAUUUGUCCCCUAAAGGUUUGGAAGCCUCUUGAGAUAUCGUUGCCAAACUUGACUCAAGGGUUCCCAAGGGUGAAGGCCGUGGUUUUCAUCAAUGUUUGACCGCCAUUUUGAAUCAAGAAGUCACUUUGGCCUGGCUUUGCCCGUUUUUGGCGUAGGUUCAGCUGUCGCUCGAAAUACUGUCGCUAAACAUACCCUAAGGUGGGGGUAGCAGUCUUUGCCAAUGUUUGGACGCAGGGCAUCAUUUUGAUUCAGUACGGCAGGUGGAAACAAGACCAUGGUGUGACUGCGCCUGCUUUUUGUCAUAGGUUUGGCCACCUCCUAAGAUGCUGUUGCCAAACUUGGUACUCUUUGUCAAUGUUUGGUUUCCAGGCGCCAUUUUGAAUCAAUAUGGCGUACCAAAAUGCGUUGUAACUUCACCUGAUUUUUGGAGUAGCAGGCUCAAAUUCACAAAUUACACAAUUCAUUUGAAAAUCAAUAUUAUUAUUUUUUUGUUUUCUAAAAAUUCCCGGGCAGCACCGAGCACUCCUUACUACCACGUGUAAAUAUUAAAAGUAUAAGUCAUGGGUAGGCAAACUAAGGCCGCGGACGGUCUGGGAAUCAACGUGUUUUUAAAUUAGUAGAAUGUGUCCUUUUAUUUAAAAUGCAUCCCCCCCCAAAUUUUUUUAUUCAUUUUAUAACACAAAUAAAAAACACAAACAGAAAAGACAAACAAUACGAACAAAUUCUUGUCAUAUCCUUAUUUUUCUAAACAUUGUUAAGUGGGCUUCCCCAAGUCCCACCUAUCUGAUUUUCAUUUUACUUCAUCUUUAGCAGUUUACAUAUAUCAUAAUUUCUAAACAUCUUUUUUUUUUAAUCACACUUAAAAUAACUUCACAUUUUAGCACUUACAAAUAACACUGUUUUAAAAUACCCUAUCUUCUACUUCUAACCCUACAGCCUAUAUCCACUUCCAAAGCUAUUCUAAGGCAUCUCUGGGUUAUUUGUGGGGCAUAGGAAUUCGUUCAUUUUUUCCCUUUCAAAAUAUAGUCCGGCCCCCCACAAGGUCUGAGGGACAGUGGACCGGCCCCCUGCUGAAAAAGUUUGCUGACCCCUGGUAUAAGUGCUGACUGCUGCAGGGCCUCGUAGGGCAGGAGGCCAGGAAGCCAACAGUAGAUGGCGCCAGAGGCAUCGACAGACAGAGUCAACUCUUUCCAGCUCUGUCCUCUUCCAGCCGUCAUGAGUUCUAGUAACUUGCUGGCUUUUAAAGAAGGUAAUGGUAAAGGGACCCCUGACCAUUAGGUCCAGUCGUGGCCGACUCUGGGGUUGUGGCGCUCAUCUCGCUUUACUGGCUGAGGGAGCCGGCGUACAGCUUCCGGGUCAUGUGGCCAGCAUGACUAAGCCGCUUCUGGCAAACCAGAGCAGCGCACGGAAACGCCGUUUACCUUCCCGCUGGAGCGGUACCUAUUUAUCUACUUGCACUUUGACGUGCUUUCGAACUGCUAGGUUGGCAGGAGCAGGGACCGAGCAACGGGAGCUCACCCCGUCGCGGGGAUUCGAACCGCCGACCUUCUGAUCAGCAAGACCUAGGCUCUGUGGUUUAACCCACAGCGCAAAGAAACAAAACAGCAAAUGCACAAUCGGAUUUAGCAUUUCAGGCCACAAUUUUAUAUCGCUCCCUUGCACGCAUGCCUCCCUCCUUCUGCAUGUCGCAUUUUUGUCCAGUGACACAGCUUUCAGAAUCUGGCUGCUCAGACUUGGGUUCGGAAGCUGCUGUGCUGGGCUGUUUACGAGAGAGUUCUUCUUUCUUGCAGUUGCUGCUUGGAGCCUCGGACGCUUUGCUGGAGUCCCUCCACCUCAGCAGGGAUCCGGCAGCCUACAGGUUCACCAGAGAAGGUGCCAACAACCACGUAAGUUUCCCUGGGGUUUCAUUUCCCCCCAAAAAAACCUUUUAAAAAGCUUCCGACCAAUUCCAGCUUUUCCCAGACUAAUUAAUCUGCACACAUCUUCUCCCCCGCCCCCCGUCUCUCCUUGUUUAUUAUAAUUAAACAUGUAAAGGUUAAUAAACUGACACACUCCAGAGUUAGUAGGUUGGUAUUAUAACAUUUAUUAAAAUAAUGCUAUGGGUUAAUAGAAACAGCAAAGAACCAAAGAAUUAAAAUGCAAGCUCUGUAAAAACCCAACUAAAACCCAGAUAUGUCUAAUGUAUUCAAUCCAGUAGCUAACUAAAAGCCCAAAGACAACACUCCCAAUAUAAUAAUAAAGUACUGCAAAACAAGUGGCAAUUUUCAGCUAUCAAAACUGUGGGUUUUGCAUUUUUGUAUCCUUUUCUCAAUCAGGAAAAAAAAAUCUUCUGAAUGUUAUAUAACAUACAUAUAAAACAAGAUAGAAAAAUACAUUAUAAACUUGUAACACAUCUGAUCUAUCAGCAGGUAUCUUGGCGCAUCAAGUAACAUAAGAAUCUGCCUUUAAUAAUAAUAAUAAGCCUCUUCAGCAGAGAGGAAAUAAAAAAGCACAUGACACCUCAAGUUUCAUAUCCACCAAAUUCCAAAUCAAUGGGUUAUUUUGGUACAAAACGAAACAAAACAAAAAAACCUUCCCUUACCCUGGGAUCCAAGGUAUGUUUUUAAUUUUAGGAUCCAAGUAUAGCGUUUUUCUUGUUGAAUGGGGUGGCAGGAUUUGGGUUACUGCAAGAGCAGAGACCCCAAACCGCCACUGGGGGGCACUGAUCUUUCAUUCCCCACUGAAAGCUUUCCAUUCCCAGCUUGCCUUGGAGGCAAUAAAUGUGCUUUUUUUCCUGGGGGUACGCAUACCCCUAAGCAUUUUGUGAAUCUCAGUUUGGCCUCCUUGAGGGGCAUUAUUUCAGUAGGAGUAGGAUAAUGAGAGUACCCCAAACAUAUUUUUUUAAAAGAAAAAAGCACUGAAUAAAUGGAAUUUAAAGAGGCAAAUCCGAAAGAGUUCAUCUAGCUCUGUGGUCUAGCUCUGUGGGGACCUUUGGUGCCACAAACUCACCCCAUUGCCCACUAUCCUACCCUAUAAAAUGCAUUCUUCAGGAUACCUCUCUGCACAAGUGAGAUAAUUACACAACAAGGUUCAAAGCAAGGACAAUGAAUUGCACAUUUAUCCAAAAUCCCAUCCGUUCAUGUUUAAGUCCUUCAACAAAAUUGAUGAACUAGAUUAACAGAGGCAAUUAGAGAUCACAAUAGACAAGAAUUUCAAAAAGCUUGGGGGAAAUGCAGAGAAUACUUCACAAAACAGUGCCCUAAAAAUUUAUACCUGGACUUGUUUCGAUUAAUGUCUGCAGGAGACUUUGUGGAUAUUUAAGUUAUAAUUUGAAAAAUCUUAAUAAUUAUUCAUAAAGGAAACAGCUUAUAAGGAGUAAAGAAGGAGACCAGAUACAGGAUAAAGGAAGUCUUCUAUUUGGUUGUUUGUAUUGUUGUAUGUUAUGCUUAUUGUUUGUUAUGUUUGCAUUUAAUGAGGGUGGAUUUCUGUAUUGGGGUGGGGUGUGGGGUUUAUGUUAUGUUGUAAGUAAAAUUCCCAAUAAAAACAGUAAAAUAACAAAUGGGGGGGGGGGAUUGAUGAACUGGAUCCAGGGAUGCCCACUUUUCAAAGUCCUUAUUUAGUCCACCGUCCUUAUUUAGCUCUUCUAAAUAUGUCUUGUGAUAAACAUCCAGGCAGCUAACAAAAAUAAUAGAAUCAAUACUUUUUGCCCAUCCCAUAAUAAUACUAGUGAAGAGAUUGCCAUCGGUUCUUGUUUCGUUAUUAAACUAAUUUAUACAAACCAGAAAGCUUGCCAGUUGGAUGACAUUUGCAGGCAGCAGAAAAAAUCUUCCUGGUCGUGCUUAAGCAUCAUUAUUUUUAUUUUCCCCUCUUUUCUUUCUCCUGAUUCAUUCCUUUCUGGUCUCCCCGGCAUCCCCUUGCAACCCUAGUCCUCAGGGAGCGAGAAAUCCAGCCACCGGGCCGUUGCAGACGCCAUGACCGUGAUCGGUUUCACUUCGGAAGAGAUCGACUCCGUCUACAAGAUCCUGGCGGCCAUUUUGCACUUGGUAAAUGAAGGGGGGCAUUGCUUGCUGGUGCCGGGAAGGCGUACGCAGACGGAAUAAAUAUUCAAGUUAGAAAGGAAACAGCCACACGGGUUUGUCCUCUGUGCUUUUGGUAUGUGAGGAGAAAUCCUGGGUACCCUCUUCUGCCUGGAAAUGUAUUAAGAUGUGGUAAAAAAAACUGUUCAAAACUCCUUUACAGGGAACAUACGGCUCUGGGGGCCGGUUAUGGCACCACAAUGUGGCCCUUGAGACUCUUCCACGCCCCCUUUCCUAGGCCACUCCCCCUCACGCUUUCCUCAACGGCUUUUCAGCCUGGCUGAAAUGUUUAUCCCAUUUGGGAUAAGGACUUUCGCCUGCCUGGGUAGAGGUUAGAGAGACAGGUGUUUGUAGAAACCCUUUGGUUUCGGUCAGACCCAAAGCUUUGCCCACAGUCAUAGCUGCCAACUUACAGAUUUGAAAAUAAGGGACCAGCAGCCUCGAAAAUAAGGGAUCAGCAGCCAAAAUUUUAGUCAACCAGCUGCAAAGUUAAAAGGGACCAGAUUUUUAGCCCUUUCUUUCCAGAGGUUGCUGCUCAAGACACCAGCCGAUGAAACCCUGCAAUUAAAUAACUACAAGCAGCAAAACGAAGUCCAAAUUACGAAGAUGCUGCUGCAGUUCUGUAUCUUUUCUCUCGUGCUCCAUCUUCAGCUCUCAGUUCUAUCAAUCGGGGGGGGGGGGGGAGGAACGGGGGGGGGAAUAGCGCCCGAAGUAAAGCCGCAGAGGAGCAUGGAAUAUGGCCGCCAUUCUGGAACUGGCUUCCUGUUGGCUUCAUGGUUGCUUCCAUACCCUCCAACAUCUGGGUGAUCCAAAUCGGGACGUUCGUUUUUGGGGUCGCAGGAGCAAGAUGACUCACAUCAGAAUGCAAAACCAAAAAAGAGCGUAUUUUUGUCCGGUGCUUUGGUGCAAAACCAGCUGACUUGCGCCGAAUCCCAAACUGGAAUGUUCCAAUAACCUGCAGUUACAUAAGAGUAUACAGUGGUACUUCUGGAUGCAAACGGGAUCCGUUCCGGAGCCCCGUUCACAUCCUGAAGAGAAUGCAACCUGCGUCUGCGCGUGCGCAGGUCACUGUUUCUGCGCAUGUGCGUGACGUCAUUUUGAGCGUCUGUGCAUGCGCGAGCGGCAAAACCCGGAAGUAAUGCAUUCUGUUACUUCCAGGUUGCCACGGAGCGCAACCCGAAAAUGCUCAACCUGAAGCAACUUUAACCCGAGGUAUGACUGUAUAUUUAAAGAAGAUAAAUACAGUGGUACCUCGGAAGUUGAACAUAAUCCGUUCUGGAAGGGCGUUCGACUUCCGAAAUGUUUGAUUUCCGAGGCACGGCUUCUGAUUGGCUCUUGCAAUCGGAAGAGCCAAUCGGAAGCUGAUUGUCUGCCACAUCGGAUGUUCGGCUUCCGAAAAACGUUCGAAAACCGGAACACGUACUUCCAGGGUUUCGACGUUUGGGAACCGAAACGUUCGGUGACGGAGAUGAUCGAAAACCGAGGUUUGACUGUAAAUGAGUAAGUUAGGUGAAUUUGGAUAUGCAGAAGAUAUUAAAAAUAAACUUAAGGAACCGCAGAAAGAGGGGAAAGGACAUCAAGUUUUAAAAUGUCAAGAUGAUUGUAAAAUCAGUGAAAUGUAUAUCUCUGAAAUGUAUAUAUAUGUAUACCUGAAAUGUUCCAUGAUCCAAUCAGAAGCCAGGAUGGCUUCUGUAAUUCCGGGAUGUCCUGCUUAAAUUGGGACGAUUCAGUGAUAUGUGCUUCUGUUUGAUUGCUCUUCUCUGACCGGACUUUCCAGGGCAACGUGUGCUUUGUCGCCAUGGGGGACGACGUGGAGGUAGAGAACGCCGAACUGGUGCCCUACCUGGCGGAGCUGACCUCCACAGAGCCGGAAAGUCUCCUCAACACGCUCCUCUAUCGGACAGUGGCCACCGGGGGCGGGGAAGUCAUCCAAAAGGGCCACAGCGUCAACGAGGCCAACUACGCGAGGGAUGCUUGUGCCAAGGUAGUAGCUAUGGCAAGGUGUGGAAAUGUUCAAGGAGGCAGGAGAGAGAAUAUAUUGUUUAAUCAUAGCCUUCCAAACUUGCGUUAGCAGGUCCCUUUACUUAGCAGAGUGCAUUCCCCUUUUAAACACACAGUGCAAGCUUGUUUAAGCUUCUCAAUAUAGGAUUCCUGGUAAUCCCCUUUUCUCCCCCUUAAAAGGAAUAGACAAGACACAAUCUUGUGUAAAGUAUUAUAAAAGAAGUUUACUCACACAUUCAGUUCACAGAUGGAUCCCUGAAGGCAGACUUAGGUUACAAAGUAACGUAUUUUUCCGUGUAUAGGUUUUCCCCCUAAAAAAUAAUGUCCAAAAUUUGGGGGCAUCUUAUGCACGGAUAGAUCUUCCCCCAUUUUCUUAAAUCAGAGUCCCCCAAAAUAGGGGGCGAGAAGUGAUGGCAUGAGACAGGAGUUGGUAAUGCAGGUGAGCUGUCCAGAAGCACGCUGGCAAGUAUGCUCCAAGCAAGCUGCUGGCUAGCUCUACAGAGGCUCCUUUUAUUAGCAGAAGUCAAUAAUUGGAAACAGUAGUGAAACCACCCUGAACUUAAUGGAUUUCCAUCUACGCACAUUUCCAGCGUUAGCAAAUACAAGUGUCAGAAGGUGCUUCCCUCAAAUGUUCCCCCCGAUACUUGAUUACGUCUGCGUCCCCCGUCAUGCUCCAGCCAAGCGAUAUGUCUGGCAAACAAAAUGUGAAAGGACAAAAGGUUAGGGGGAAACCCUGUAUUCUAGCCAAGAAGGCAAAAGGCCAGGAAAAGCAGGCAUAUCGCUCCUUGACAUACUGUUGCACGUAUGGUGCAAGGUUUGCCUUCGCAAAGCGGAGAGUUACCUCUACAGGGGCGUAUAGAUGCACAAAUACGGUAUAUACACAUGGAACUACCCCAUAUGAGAGUUAGUCCCAGGGACUGCAGACAGGCAGUCACUGCUACUCACACGGCGAAAGCAAGAUGGAGAAGAGAGAGAGUGGUUUCUGCCUUGCCCCUUUUGAUACCUGGGCAGGUAAGGUUACGCCCACCUCUAGUCACAUGCAGAGGAAGUUUGUCCCAGCUUAGGAGGAAACAGGAAGUUUUCUACUGAGUGGAGCAAACAUCCUCUUUCAUGUCCACUCUAGGAAUGUUGUAAAGGUAAAGGUACCCCUGACCGUUAGGUCCAGUCGCGGACGACUCUGGGGUUGUGCGCUCAUCUCGCUCUAUAGGCUGUGGGAGCCAGCGUACAGCUUCUGGGUCAUGUGGCCAGCAUGACUAAACCACUUCUGGUGAACCAGUGCAGCGCAUGGAAACGCCGUUUACCUUUCCGCCGGAGCGGUACCUAUUUAUCUACUUGCACUUUGCGUGCUUUUGAACUGCUAGGUGGGCAGGAGCAGGGACCGAGCAACGGGAGCUCACCCCGUCGCGGGGAUUCGAACCGCCGACCUUCUGAUCAGCAAGUUCUAGGCUCUGUGGUUUAGACCACAGUGCCACCCGUGUCCCAGGAAUGUUGUAAUUUACUGCUAUCUAUGUGUCACAUCCCAUAGAAGGUAGGAGGUGCGGACCCCCCUCUCGUUCACACAAGGCGUUUGGGCUUCGUAGGCCAAAUUCUGAAGGAGAGGGCCACCUAUCUCCUCAAGGUGGAAGGACAGAUUCAUACUCAUCCACGAAAAGAGAGAUCUUUGCAAUGCUGGGAAGCCAAGGCCAGUUGGCUGCCAAGUACCGUAUUUUUCGCUCCAUAAGACGCACCUUUUCCCUCCUAAAAAGUAAGGGGAAAUGUCUGCGCGUCUUAUGGAGCGAAUGUGUAGUUGGUUGCUGGCUCCCUUGCCCCGGCCUCCAUUGUUGAAUGUUCUGCAGACGGAGGCUGUUUGUUUCCCCAGCGACAUGUGACUGGCUGGUUAGAUUAUCUGUCUGGAAACUGUAGAAACAGCUCCUUUCCUUUCCUAAAGAAGCUGCAGAACUGUGAGUUGAACCCCAUAAAAACAGGAUUUUUUCCCUUUGCAAAGUAAGCUCAACAACUUUGAGCUGAUUUUCAAAAAACCGGGGCUUUCCCCCAUGGCAAAAGAAGCUGUACAACUUUGAGCUGAUUUCCCCAAAAAUGGGGAUUUCCCCCUUUCCUCCUCUAAAAACUAGGUGCGUCUUAUGGUCGGGUGCGUCUUAUGGAGCGAAGUAUACGGUAGCUAAGUUCAAGGUGUAGAAAGCCCUACACAGCUUGAGACCAGUAGAGUCGCCAUAUUUGUAGAAGUAAAAUUCAGUUGUUGAACUUUUUUGUGUGAAAUGAACCUCAAAAUCGUUGAGGGUUUUUGUUUUUGUUUUUAAAGGAAACUCAAAGUUCUUGAGGUUUCUUUUUAGGCAGUCAACUUCAAAAUCCCAAACGUGUCAACAAUUAUUCGAAGUUCUCACCCUGGACACCAUUUUUGCUGGACGUAUGGCAACCAAUAACCAGGAUACCUGAUGUACCGUCUCACUCCUUAUUUAUUUAUUUAAUCCAUUUACUCGUUGUGUUUAUGUUCCGCCUUUUCCUCCAAGGAGCUCAAAGUGGUUCUCUCCCUCCCCAUUUAAGCCCCACAACAACCCCGGGGAUGUACCGUAUUUUUUGCUCUAUAGGACGCACCGGACCAUAGGAGGGGGAGAACAGGGGAAAAAAAAUAUUAUCCCCCUCUCUGCUCAGCGUCCCUUCAGCGAAGCGGCAGGAGAAACGGAGCCCCUUCCAUUUCUCCUCCCGCUUGGCUGAAGGGGCGCUGCACAGCUCUCCCUCUCUGCUGAAGCCAGGAGAGUCUGGCUCUCCCGACUUCAGCGAUAGCCACGCGAAGCCUCCGAAGUGCAUAGGGAGCGCUCCCUCUGCGCUCCAAAGGCUUCAGGCGGCUAUCCCUGAAGCCUGGAGAGUGAGAGGGGUCGGUGCGCACCAACCCCUCUCGCUCUCCAGGCUUCAGCAAAAGCAACGCGAAGCCUCCAGAGCGCAGAGGGAGCGCUCCCUCUGUGCUUCGGAGGCUUCGCGUUGCUAUCGCUGAAGCCAAGGAGCCUGCAUUCGCUCCAUAGGACGCACACACAUUUCCCCUUAAUUUUUGGAGGGGAAAAAGUGCGUCCUAUAGAGCGAAAAAUACGGUAGGUUCAGCUGAGAGGCAGUGACUGGCGUUCCAGGAGUAAGAAACCAAUGCAAAAAAGCCGGUUCUUGUGUUGCCACCCUCCAGACCUCUUGCAAAGGAGGCUCACGGUGGUCUCACGAUAGUCUCCUGAGGCAUUUAAAGCCGCUGAAAUCUGAAAACUCUGUUCAACCGAAAGAUGACACGGCCAUCACCCUGUUUUCACCUACAGGCCUUCUAUGAGCGUCUAUUCUGCUGGAUCGUGGCCCGCAUCAACACGGUCAUUGAGGUCAAGAACUACGAUGCCCGAAUCCAUGGCAAGAAUACGGUGAUUGGAGUCCUGGACAUCUAUGGUUUCGAGAUCUUCGACAACAAUAGGUUGGUAUCUUUCACCUAGGGGAGACCGAGACAAAUGAAAUACAGUUCUGCACCCGCUUCUGCGCUAAACAUUUAAAGCAGUGUGAUAACUAUUUAAACAGUCGUCCCAGAACUACAUUUCCCUUUUAAUGUUUAAUAGGUUAUUGUAUUUUAGUGUUUUGUUGGAAGCUGCCCAGAGUGACUUGGGAAACCCAGCCAGAUGGGUGGGGUAUAAAUAAUAAAUUAUUAUUAUUAUUAUUAUUAUACCACUGACCGUCUUCCUGGCCCUGCUCUGAACCUCUUCCAAUCUGCCUACGCUCUUUCCGAAAGUGUGAUGUCCAGAAUUAGGCCUGCUCAAAUUUGGGUUCCCUGAUCCUAAAAUGACAUCGAUGGACAGGCAUUUCAGGGCCAACAAACGAAAGCCCACUCUGCCCUGCAAAAAUGCGACAUUAACUUAUGGAACUCACUGUCACAAGAUGCGACAAUAGCCACUGUCUCAGGUGACUUGUAAAGAAAAUUAGACAAAUGCGUAGGCUGUCUGAUCAAUAACUUGUAGCCGUGACAGCUAUAUAGAAAUAUUAUUUAGAUCCAGAGGCAUUAUGGCAUUAAAAGUGAACCCAGGUUCAAAUCUCCAGCGUGAAGCUCACGGGCUCACCUUCCAUAGUAAUUAAAUAAGUCUGGACUCUGCCACUGAGUUAUGGUUUUGCCCUGGGGUGCAGAAUCCCCUUUGCUCUGUGGGGUGCGGAUUGGGGUCCUGAGUCUUGCCUGCUCCCUCUCCCUUUCAGCUUUGAACAGUUCUGCAUUAACUACUGCAACGAGAAGCUGCAGCAGCUGUUCAUCGAGCUGAUCUUGCAGCAGGAGCAGGAGGAGUACCAGCGCGAGGGGAUCGAGUGGCAACACGUGAGUCGCGGUGGCCGGUGGGGAGGAAGGUGUGGGGUUUUUUGGUUGCAUAUUUUGUGGUUUUAUGUGGUGAACUGCCCUGUGAUCUUUGGAUGAAGGGCGGUACAGUGGUACCUCGGGUUACAGACACUUCAGGUUACAUACGCUUCAGGUUACAGACUCUACUAACCCAGAAAUAGUACCUCAGGUUAAGAACUUUGCUUCAGAAUGAGAACAGAAAUCGCGGUGGUGGCAGCGGGAGGCCCCAUUGGCUAAAGUGGUACCUCAGGUUAAGAACGGUUUCAGGUUAAGAAUGGACCUCUGGAACGAAUUAACUCUAAUCUUGAGGACUUCCCUAAAACUUAGUCCACGUGGACAAAUCUGAUCAUCAGCCUUGGUGAAAUUUGGCAUUUCUUCUAAAAGUUUUGAUUUGAUUCUACUAUGAAAGUAGAAUGCAUUUAAUAUUGUAUUUUGUCUGUUUUUUGUUCAUAUUUAUCAAUUGUUUUUAUACAGUGUCUUUACUAAAGCUGAGCUUAGCUGGGGAGACAGGAUAUUAAAUAAAUUUAUUAUUCCUUAUUAUGUAAGUACCACUGAAUAUAAUUCAAUAAAAAUAACAACCACAAGUCUCUCUCUCAGUUUCUCACAGGAAACUUAUGAGUCUUAUUCUACACACUUAGUGAAUUUAUUGCACAACAUUGUGCUUCCCCACUACUAGACUGUGUAGCGUGGGUUGUGUCAGCACCCGGGGGCAAGGCCAAGUAAUUUAGCCCCCUAACCCUAACCUGCUGCCGCUGCCAGCUUCUUCUUGCUGCUGCCUGGUCUGGUCAGUGGGUCUCUCGCGCUCAGCCUCACAGCUAGCGCCGCUGCUACUAUCCCUCCCCAGAUGAUCCGCCAGCUCUCUCCCCUCCCCUUCUGCCUUCUGCUUCCACCCCCUCCACAGUUUGGGCGCGAUAGCGCUGAUUCUCACAGCCAGCACUGCAGUGAGAGAAGUGAUAUUGAGGCUGAGUGCAGGCUGCGUGGCCCAGAUAUUGCGCCACGGUGUGGCUUCCCCCUGCACCCCCACUCAUGCAGUCUGGAUAGCUGACCUUGGUGAAGAUUUGACGUUUUCAUCCCCAAAAAGUUUUUGAUUUGAGUUUCUACUGAAAUGAGGCUACAUUUUAAUGUUGCAUUUUAAUCUUGUUUUUAAGUUGUAUUUCAAUCAAUUGUUUUUAUACUUGGUGUUAGCCACCCUGAGCCCGGUUUUGGCUAGGGAGGGCGGGGUAUAAAUAAAAUUUAUCAUUAUUAUUAUUAACCCGAGGUACCACUGUAUAUCAAUUUAAUAAAAAAUCACAACCACAGAAUCUCCUCUCUGGGAUUUCACAGGGGAACUGAGUGAGUCUUAAACCUUUGCUUAUCUAGCAACACAUGGAAUUUUAUUUUGGUUACAAUACUAUUUCCUAUUCUACCCCUGAGUCACAGUCCUUCCGAAAGGUCUCCCGGAGACUUUGUUUUCACCGUUUUCCCGCCUCGCCCUUGACAGAUUGAAUAUUUCAACAACCAAAUCAUUGUGGACCUGGUGGAGGAGCCGCACAAGGGCAUCAUCGCUGUGCUGGAUGAGGCCUGCCUGACUGGGGGGAAAGUCACCGACACCUUGUUCCUGGAGUCCAUGAAUGCCAGGCUUGGCAAACACCCACACUAUACCAGCAGGAAGGUAAGGUAAAGGUAAAGGGACCCCUGACCGUUAGGUCCAGUCGUGGACGACUCUGGGGUUGCGGCGCUCAUCUCGCUUUAUUGGCCGAGGGAGCUGGUGUACAGCUUCCGGGUCAUGUGGCCAGCAUGACUAAGCCGCUUCUGGAGAACCAGAGCAGCGCACGGAAAUGCCAUUUACCUUCCCGCUGGAGUGGUACCUAUUUAUCUACUUGCACUUUGACGUGCUUACGAACUGCUAGGUUGGCAGGAGCAGGGACCGAACAACGGGAGCUCACCCCGUCGCGGGGAUUGGAACCGCCGACCUUCUGAUCGGCAAGUCCUAGGCUCUGUGGUUUAACACACAGCGCUACCCGCGUCCCUAAGGAGGGGAUAUCUCGAAGCAAAACGGAGGCAGCUCCCCACUCCAGAAUUAAUCUGAGCCUUGAAAAGCACAUAGAGCUGGAAGGAAAAGAGCACCAUUCUUCCAACUUCCUCCAUUGACUCUAUGGCUGGUUCAGCGCCGGAUUUAGGUUUGAUGAGGCCCUAAGCUACUGAAGGUAAUGGGGCCCUUGAGAUGUCCAGCUGUCCUUUGUCAACAACAAAUUGUCGCUGUUUUUGUGUGUGUUACGUAUAUGCUAUAUGGUUAUUUAUGGACUUCAUAGGUAUCUAAAGCCUUUUGCACAUGCAGAAUGUAGGCACCCUAUAUAUGUUGUUGUUGUUUAGUCGUUUAGUCGUGUCCGCCUCUUCGUGACCCCCUGGACCAGAGCAUGCCAGGCACUCCUGUCUUCCACUGCCUCCCGCAGUUUGGUCAAACUCAUGUUGAUAGUGUCCCACCAUCUCGUCCUCUGUUGUCCCCUUCUCCUUGCGCCCUCCAUCUUUCCCAGCAUCAGGAUCUUUUCCAGGGAGUCUUCUCUUCUCAUGAGGUGGUCAAAGUAUUGGAGCCUCAGCUUCAGGAUCUGUCCUUCCAGUGAGCACUCAGGGCUGAUUUCCUUCAGAAUGGAUAUGUUUGAUCUUCUUGCAGUCCAUGGGACUCUCAAGAGUCUCCUCCAGCACCAGAAUUCAAAAGCAUCCAUUCUCCGGCGAUCAGCAUUCUUUAAGGUCCAGCUCUCACUUCCAUACAUCACUACUGGGAAAACCAUAGCUUGAACUAUACAGACCUUUGUGAGCAAACCAGUGAUAUUUUAGGGAGUAGGCGAGCAGGUCGGGCCCAUGACUAGGUGCCUACACAACACAAAACGCUGCUGCUGUAUGUAGGUUUGGUUUUAUUUGUUUUUUAUCUUAUAUUUUGGAAAUGUACAUCCAGGUUUUUUCCUCAUUAAUUUUUUUUGGGGGCCCCCAAGAGAGUGUGGGGCCCUAAGCUAUAGCUUGUUUAGCUUAUACGUAAAUCCGGCACUGUUUAAGGGAGAGAAAGGCAAUUUCCAGGGGAGCAGAGUUUAGCACCUUCUGAGGUAGCCUGUUCCACUGUUGAGGAAUUCUUUCCGUCUAUUUAUUUCGAUCUUUUCUAUAGCCGUUUAUGUGGUGUGGUUUUUUUAAAAAAAUCUGAGUCGUUUACGGCAAUACCUUAACACGGAUAGAACAUUGAUAGAGCAUUGCAAAAGAAAAUCAAACAAAAAGUAACGCACAUUGGAAGCUGCAUCCUUGGCAGCAAAAUAAAGAUGUUCUUCAACAUAAAGAAGUCGCAAUCCAAUGCAGAAAUACAAUGGAAAAACCCAUGUGUUAGAAAGCAUUGUUAGCAGCUGAGCAAAAUCGCUGUGAUCCAAGCGGCGCCCACACUCCACACCCCCCAACAGUGACUUCUCUAAACACAAACUCAGCGGCCUCCCACAUACAGACGUCACUUUCCACCCUCCCAGCCAUUGAUACCCAUAUUAACAGAGCUACCUCCUCCAGAAGGAACCAAGAAGACCUAAACUUCAAUAAAGAAUGGGGAAUUUUUAAUAAUUUAUCUAGAUCACUGUGAACCAAGCACCCCCAAACUCGGCCCUCCAGAUGUUUUGGGACUACAACUCCCAUCGUCCCUAGCUAAUAAUAAUAAUAAUAAUAAAUUUUAUUUAUAUCCCGCCCUCCCCAGCCAGAGCUGGGCUCAGGGCGGCUAACACCAGUAAAAACAUAAUAGGGGAAAAAGAGAGAGAGAGAGGAAAAACCCCAAUUUAAAAUACAGGUUAAAAUGCAAUUUAAAAUGCAGCCUCAUUUUAAAAUAGCCGAUAAAUCAAGACCAUAAGGGGAGGGAAACAUGAGGGUCAGACUGAGUCCAAACCAAAGGCCAGGCAGAACAGCUCUGUCUUGCAGGCCCUGCAGAAAGAUGUCAAGUCCCGCAGGGCCCUGGUCUCUUGUGACAGAGCGUUCCACCAAGUCGGGGCCAGUACUGAAAAGGCCCUGGCCCUAGUUGAGACCAGUCUAACCACCUUGUGACUUGGGACCAUUAUUAUUAAUUGUGAGGCUCAAAGCCCUUCAGCAGAAAACCAACAACAAUUCCAUUCCUUAUUCUCUCUGUCUAUAUAUAACAUAGGGAGAAAGAGUCAUUCUGCUGUUUCCAUAGUUAAAACAAGGAGGAGUCAUAAAUUCUUGCUGGUGUUUUUCAAAUCAACCGGCGAUCUAGUAGAUGCUGAUCAACCUUUGCCCACCACCGCUGUAGACAAAAACCCCAGAAUUAAUAAGAAUCACAAACGCCUCCACCCACCCCUUCGCUCUUGCCUUAUGUGAAUCUCUUUGUAUAUAAGAAACUAAUAAGAGCCCUGCUGGAUCAAGCCAGUGGCUCAUAGAGUUCAGCAUCCUGUGUCAGGUCAUAGCUGUCAACAUUUCCCUUUUUUUAAGGGAAAUUCCCUUAUUCCGAACAGGGUUCCUCGCAAGAAAAGGGAAAAGUUGACAGCUAUGUGUCAGGUGUGUGUGCAGGAGCCAGGCCCUGUGACCAGUAGGGCUUUGCAGGACUGGGGCCUUCCUAAGUUUGUUCUGAAGAGGCAAGGCACAGGUGAGUCCGAUUGGUAACUCACAUCACCUGGUGGCAAGAGCUGGGAAGGGAUUUAAGGACAGCAUUUCCCUUUGGCUCUUUGCCACAGCAACACGUUCCUUGUCUUGCUGUGUUUGACUCCUUGCUUCUUGAUCCUUGGAUCCUCAGCUUCCUGACUCCUUGCUUCUUGAUCCUCGGACCCCUGACUUCGUGACUCCUUGCUUCUUGAUCCUCGGACCCCUGACUUCGUGACUCCUUGCUUCUUGAUCCUCGGACCCCUGACUUCGUGACUCCUUGCUUCUUGAUCCUCGGACCCCUGACUUUGUGCCUCCUUACUUCCUGACCCUCGGACCCUUGACUUCUUGACUCCUUGCUUCUUGAUCCUCGGACCCUUGGCUUCUUGACUCCUGGCUCUCUGACCCUCGGACUCUUGGCUUCCUGACUUCUGGCUGCUGGACCCCCGUUCCUGCUCCCACCCCGCCAUCUUGCCCCCAGUCCCGACAUCCCCUCCCGGGACUUUGAUCUCCCAUGAACCGGACCGUGACACAAAGCAGAGACACCCGUGCUAGUAGCCAUCAACAGCCUGAUCUCAUCCACGAAUUUGUCCAAUUGCUAUUCAAGCCAUUUUAAAGUUGGUGGCCAUCACUGUGUCCUGUGGCAGGGAGUUCCGUAGAUGAACCAUGCUCUCUGUGGAGAAGUCCUUCCUAUUUUCGCCUGCCAGUGUGAGAGCCAGUGUGGUGUAGUGGUUAAGUACGAUAGACUCGUAAUCUGGGGAACCGGAGUUCCGUUGUGAAUGCAGCUGAAUCAUCUUUGCAGUGAUAUGUUUCAGUUUCAUGUUGUGAAUUGCCCUGUGAUCUACAGUUAUAGGGCGGUCAAAUGAAUGAAUGAAUGAAUGUCUACUUCUUUCCUCUUGCCUGCAGCUCAAUCCUGCUGACAAGUCCAUGGAUUUCGGACGCGAUUUCCGCAUUAAGCACUACGCAGGAGAUGUCACGUGAGUUUUGCUCUGGCUUGAAGUUAUACUCCAUUAUUUGUGGAAGGGGGCAUGGGGUUUGUAAUAAUAAUAAUAAUAAUAAUAAUUAUAAUAAUAAUUAUAAUAAUAAUAAAUAAAUUAUUAUUUAUACCCCGCCCAUCUGGCUGGGUUUCCCCAGCCACUCUGGGCGGGUUCCAACAAAGUAUUAAAAUACAGUGGUCUGUUAAACAUUAAAAGCUUCCCUAAACAGGGCUGCCUGCAGAUGUAUUCUAAAAGUCUGGUACAGUCAUACCUCGGGUUGAAGUUGCUUCAGGCUGAGCGUUUUCGGGUUGCGCUCCACGGCAACCUGGAAGUAAUGGAACGCGCUACUUCCUGGUUUCGCCGCUCGUGCAUGCGCAGACACUCAAAAUGACGUCACGCGCAUGCGCAGAAGUGGUGAAUCGCGACCCGCCCAUGCGCAGAUGCGGGUUGCGUUCGCUUCAGGAUGCAAACAGGGCUCUGGAACGGAUCCCAUUUGCAUCCAGAGGUACCACUGUAGUUGUUCUUCUCUUUGACAUCUGCUGGGAGGGUGUUCCACAGGGCGGGCGCCACCACCGAGAAGGCCCUCUGCCUGGUUCCCUGUAACCUCACUUCUCGCAAUGAGGGAAGCGCCAGAAGGCCCUCGGCGCUGGACCUCAGUGUCCGGGCAGAACGAUGGGGGUGGAGACGCUCCUUCAGGUAUACUGGACCAAGGCUGUAUACCUGCGGUAGGGUAGGGUAGGGUAGGGUAGGGUAAGCCCGUGUAUUGGUUAGAAUGUCAAACUAGUGCCUGGGAGAGACCAGGGUUCGAAUCCCCACUCAGUGUCAAGUCAGGGACUGGUUAGACAUGGAGGAGUGGUGCGAGGAACCAGCCGGGGAACCGCCAAGGGAAGAGGGUUCAAAUCCCGGGGAGCGGUGGUGGGACAGUCAUGAGUGGUCAGAGGGAGAAAAGGGGGAAGACUGGAAGGAGGAGGCGUCACAAGCAUGGGAAGCUACACAGCAAGCAAACCAGCAGGGUUUUUACAAGCCUCUACGGAUCUGUGUUUCAGGUACUCCGUGGAGGGAUUUCUGGACAAGAACAAGGACACGCUUUUCCAGGACUUCAAGCGGUUGAUGUACAACAGGUAUGUCAGCCUGAGCCAGGUGACGCUUCCAGAAUGACCUUGAUCAAACGGCAAUAUAUAUCAGGUCAGAACAUUUGUCCGCUGUGCCUUCCCCGACCAAAGGGAGAGAGUUCACUCUUUAUUGUCGGAGAUAACACUUGCUUCUGCAGUUCCGGAUACUGACAAACCUUUUAGAAUAUUCCUUUCCACCUUAAGAGGAACAGGCUGUGUGUGUCACAUGCCUGUUUACAUUCCAGCACAGUUUGCUGGGAACUUCCGUUUGUGUAUAGCUUUUGCUUAUGCUGCUUGCUUGGACAUGAAGGGGAGAAGACAUGUUUUUCCCUUUGUCCUGAUGCUGAAUAAAAUGCCUAUAAACACAGGUGGCGCUGUGGGUUAAACCACAGAGCCUAGGACUUGCCGAUCAGAAGGUCAGCGAUUCGAAUCCCCGCGACGGGGUGAGCUCCCGUUGCUCGGUCCCUGCUCCUGCCCACCUAGCAGUUCGAAAGCACAUCAAAGUGCAAGUAGAUAAAUAGGUACCACUCCGGCAGGAAGGUAAACGGCGUUUCCAUGCGCUGCUCUUGUUCGCCAGAAGCGGCUUCGUCAUGCUGGCCACAUGACCCGGAAGCUGUACGCCGGCUCCCUCGGCCAAUAAAGCGAGAUGAGCGCCACAACCCCAGAGUCGGUCACGACUCGACUUAAUGGUCAGGGGUCCCUUUACCUUUACCUUCUUCCAGAAGGCCGAAGCUGAAAGAGAUCAUUUCCGGGGUGGCUUCCAGAACCCACUUGAAUUACAGUGGUACCUCGGGAUGCGAAUGGGAUCCGUUCCGGAGCCCCGGUCACAUCCUGAAGCGAACACAACCUGCAUCCGCGGGUUGCAUUUCGCCGCUUCUGUGCAUGCACGUGAUGUCAUUUUGACCAUCUGCACAUGCGUGUGGUGAAACCCAGAAGUAACGUGCUCCGUUUCCUCCGGGUUGCCGUGGAGCGCAACCCGGAAAUACUUAACUUGAAGCACAUUUAUCCCGAGGUAAGACUGUACCUUCUUAGUGCCUUCUGCACUAAGAAAUGCAAACGGACACAUCCAGGACAGACUGAUGGGAGCUGGAGUUGGGUAUGCUUUCUGGGCUGCUGAGAAGCCUUCCCAGUGGUGCACAGCGUUUAACUGGAAAUGUUGGGGCUUGAACCCGUGACCACGUGACCCUUAAGCCCCUAGGGUGGAUGAGUUGCGCCCUGCAAGUUCUUAGCUCCUCUGCUACCUGUGAUGUUCACCCACGCAUGGUCACCAGUGGGCCAUGCCCAGAGAGGGUGAGGGUUAAGGAACGGUUGGCGCUGGGAGCGGCUUGCACCCCCUCACUCCCGCUCUGUGCUCUUUCCCCAGCGCAGACCCCGUCCUCCAGGACAUGUGGCCAGAGGGCCAGCAAAGCAUCACCGAGGUCACCAAGAGGCCCCUGACGGCUGCCACCCUCUUCAAAAACUCCAUUGUGGCGCUGGUGGAGAACUUGGCGUCGAAGGUAACUUCAGAUAACACCCACACACAUCCCUGCGCAACACACACUCUGUAAUUGAAAUUAUACUCAGUAUUGAUCCAGAGCAGAUUCCAAUGUAUAUGUGCUGGGCCCGGGGGUAACCCGUGAAACGUGGUCCAGAACCUGUCCAGAAUCCAUAGGUUCGGCUAGGAGUCAGUCCGACAGGGCCAAGGCAGGACACAAGGCAGGAAACCAGGCAAGGACAGGUACAGGAUUUCAGGCAGGAUCCAGCAUACAGCAAUGUUGCUCCUGCAACCUGGGGCGGGGUCCGACAGCCUUUUAUCUCUGACGGGGUAGCGGCCGGUCCUGAUUCCCCAGCGACUCACCUCCCUGUUCCGCCUGGAGGCGAGCACUCCUCCUGUGAGUACUCAGGUCUCUCCUUCUCUCAGACCUGAGUCUCUGCAGCUCAGGAGACGUCAGUGGGUGACUAGACCCAGGGGCUGCCUCAGCCUCCCCUGACCCAACCGGUAGUGGAGCAGCUGUAAGUGAUGGCCCAGCUGGAGGCAACGAGGUCAUCCCCGCAUCUGGAGCCAGGGCAGGCUCAGGCCCCUGACUCGGCCCAGCUGGUGCUUGUUGCAGGGGAACCUGUGCAGACUGGGGCUCUUCAGGAUCAGACCCCAGGCUUGGUUCAGAUGAUGCCUGAGGCAAAGGAUCCGGAGCAGACUGAGACGCCUCUGGUUCCAAGUCUGAGCCUGAGUCCCAGGCCAUCACAGUAUAAUUAGCAGAGUAAAAACUUAAUUACGUUGCAGGAUUCCCAAAAAAUAGACCAGAGUCAAUGAAUAUUUGAUCCAGCAGAGCUUUACUGCUACUGAAGGUAUAUAAUGGUCACAAAUCCAUAAGAAAUCCAGUUGCAGCAGACUUAAUUUAAAACUUACAAUAACUUAUAAUACAGUGGUACCUCGGGUUAAGUACUUAAUUCGUUCCGGAGGUCCGUUCUUAACCUGAAACUCUUCUUAACCUGAAGCACCACUUUAGCUAAUGGGGCCUCCUGCUCCCGCCGUGUCGCCAGAGCACGAUUUCUGUUCUCAUCCUGAAGCAAAGUUCUUAACCUGAAGCACUAUUUCUGGGUUAGCGGAGUUUGUAACCUGAAGCGUAUGUAACCUGAACUGUAUGUAACCUGAGGUACCACUGUAAGUCUAAACCUUAACACUACGUACAGAACACCACACAAGAAAGAAAGAAAGAAAGAAAAAGAAAAAGAAAGAAAGAAAGAAAGAAAGAGAAAGUGAAAGCCAGGCUCCUUCUGUCUUUAUUAUUAUAGACAGCAUAACCUUGACAGAAAGAGAUAACAUCACUAGUUUAAGGCAGCUGUACUCAGCUUCUCUGAAGGAAUAACCCAAACAUCAUGAACCUUCUGCUUGCUGCUUUCACAUGCAGCAGCUUUGAGAACCCUCUUGAAUUAAUUAGAAUAGGAAAGAUCUCUACACAUCAGAGCAGUACUUUCUGAACCAAGAAAUGCAAACUGACACACACCCUCCCUGAAGAAGGGAAGGGGUUUGGUUUGGUUAAUGGGGAAUCUUCCCAAUCCGCACUUCCCAAAACAGCUUGCAACCCGAAAAACAGCCAUCCUUCUAAAUUUGCCCUCCUCUGAAUUUUGCAAUGCGCUUCUCCGGCUGAUUAACAUGUACAAAAGCGCCUGGACGAGGGCUGCUAGCCGGGACGGCUCUGUCCUGCCGCCGCAGCUGGAGGCUGCAAUGUUUCUGAUUACCAGUUGUUGGAAACCACCACAGGGGAGAAACACACUUGCGCCUGGGUCCUUGUUGGUUUCCCCACAGACAUUUGGUUGGCCACUGUGAGAACAGGAUGCUGGACUCAAUGGGCUCCCACUGGCCUGAUCCAGCCGGGUUCGUCUUAUGUUCUUACAUGCUUUGUUUUCUUAUCAAUAAAUACAUGUAAGCCAAAAGGAACAGAAAAAUAACUGAGCUUCUGCACUGAAGUACCGGCUUCAUGGGGAGGAGGCAACAAACCCCUCUUCACAGCCUAGGACCCUCGUACCUACGGGACCGCCUCUCCCAGUAUGCCCUGCAGAGGACCUUAAGGUCCAUAAAUAGCAAUACCCUAGGGACGCGGGUGGCGCUGUGGGUUAAACCACUAGCCUAGGGCUUGCCGAUCAGAAGGUCGGCGAUUCGAAUCCCUGCGGCGGGGUGAGCUCCUGUUGCUCGGUCCCUGCUCCUGCCAACCUAGCAGUUCGAAAGCACCUCAAAGUGCAAGUAGAUAAAUAGGUACCGCUCUGGCGGGAAGGUAAAUGGCGUUUCUGUGCGCUGCUCUGGUUCUCCAGAAGCGGCUUAGUUAUGCUGGCCACAUGACCCGGAAGCUGUAUGCCGGCUCCCUCGGCCAGUAAAGCAAGAAGAGCGCCGCAACCCCAGAGUCAGCCACGACUGGACCUAAUGGUCAGGGGUCCCUUUACCUUUACCUUUUAGAGGUCCCGGGCCCUAAGGAAGUCAGUUUGCCUCAACCAGAGCCCAGGGCCUUUUCAACACUGGCUCCGGCCUGGUGGAACGCUCUGUCUCAUGAGACCAGGGCCCUGCAGGAUCUGAUUUCUUUCCACAGGGCCUGUAAGACAGAGUUGUUCCGCCUGGCCUUUGGCUUGGAAUCAACUUGAUUCCCUCUUUCCUCUUUCCUUUCUCCUUCUGUGAUGGAACUCCUAUUUGGGGACUUCCCUGGCCUUUUUCUGGACCACGUAGGACCAGUCUGGAUAGUUGGCCUUGGUGAAGAUUUGACGUUUUCAUCCCCCAAAAAGUUUUUGAUUUGAGUUUCUACCGAAAUGAGGCUGCAUUUUAAUGUAGUAUCUUUUUUUUUAGUCAAUUGUUUUUAUACCUGGUGUUAUCUGCCCAGAGCCCGGCCUUGGCUGGGGAGGGCUGGGUAUAAAUAUUAUUAUUAUUAUUAUUAUUAUUAUUAUUAUUAUUAUUAUUAGGGCCACCUCCCCAUCUCCAUUUGCACUCUCUGUCCCUCAAUUCCUGCAACAGCCGGUCCUGAGAAGGCGCUGGCAAGAGCAGGCCGCCGGGGGUCCUCAGCUGCCAUGGUAACCGUUGGCAGGCACCAAGGCUCCCCCUGCUUUCCUUGGCUCCCGUCUCCCUCGCCGGAAACCAAAAUUAGAUGCCUCUGGGAGAGGAAUCGGAGCGCCGUGGAGAGACAGGAGAGCCCAGAUGGUCCCCCUUUGCGUGCCACCGGGGCUCUAUAAAUAAGCCUGUUGUGAUUAUCGAUCGCAUUUCCAGCUUCUGCUCCUCCAGGGAACCCUCCUCCAUUUUCGAACACUCCUCGGAAGUCCGACAGCUUCCAUUGUGUUUUUCUCAAUUGAAUUUGCAGACCGCCCUUUGCGCCUUGGUUUUUGAAUGUUUUGGAACUCAAAACGGUCUUCCAGAACGGAUUAUGUUUGAAAACCUCGGAUUGCAAACUUAAUUCAUUCCGGAGGUCCGUUCUUAACCUGAAACCGUUCUUAACCUGAGGUGCGCUUUCGCUAAUGGGGCCUCUCAUUGCCGCCGCGCCGUCAGCACGCAAUUUCUGUUCUCAUCCUGGGGCAAAGUUCUUAACCCGAGGUACUACUUCCGGGUUAGCGGAGUUUGUAACCCGAAGCGUCUGUAAUCUGAGGUGUUUGUAACCCGAGCCUCUGGAUACGAACGGGAUCCGUUCCGGAGCCCCAUUCGCAUCCUGAAGUAAACAUAAGACGUGACUGUGCGCCUGCGCGUGCGUGGGUCACCUUUCGCCGCUUCUGCGCAUGCACGUGACGUCAUUUUGAGCGUCUGCGCAUACGCACAUACCAUGGCUGCUUCUUGCCCCUUUUUACCCAUGCAACUACUCUGUCUGCUAGGCAGAGAGAGGGGGGGAGAGACGGCCAACUGGCUGGGGAUGUGGGCUCAGAAUAUAAGAAGAACCUGUGCACAGAAUUCCAGGUGUGGCACUGAUCUACGUUCUGCCCUGCCCAAGAGCCUAGAUAUUGCUGCGUUCCAAAUCCACUUGUUUUUGUUCUCCACCAGCUAUAUAUUUAUCUGUCUCCUUUAUACCCCACAACGUCCAACACCGUCCAGGUGGCGUACGUGGUUCUUCUCCCUCCCCUCCUUUACCCAACCCCCCAAAACAACAACCUUGCAAGGCAGGCUAGGCCGAGGGCGCGCUUUGCGAUGACCGAGCACACAUAUCAUUUCCAACAGUCAUUUAACAUAUUUUCUUAUCUUAUACAAUGUUUUUGGACUUCCAUCAACCUCACCUGAAGAUUUUUCAGUCUUUAUCACAGUCUACAUUUCUUAAUUUCUCUAUUACUUGUAAUUGUCCUUAACUAAUAGCUCUCUUCGUAGUCUUCAUUGCAAUAUUUCGCAUAGCCCUCCUCACAAAACUUCUUGCAGUCCUACUAGCGUAAUCUGUUUAUGACAGUUGCUUUUCAAAUAAUUCAAAUAUUUACGCCAGUCCUCUAAGAAUAUCUGAUCCCGCAGGUUUCGAAUCCUUCCUGUCAUCUUAUCUAAUUCUGCAUAGUCCAUUAAUUUCAUUUGCCACUCUUCUUUCGUCAGAAUUUCUUCUUGUUUCCAUUAUUGUGCCAGUAAUAUUCUUGCUGCUGUUGUUGCAUAUAAAAACAAUUUAUUGCCUUGUCUAUUAAUGUCCUCCCCUACAAUGCUUCUGGUUUUUUAAAUAAAUGUAUAUUUCAGCAUCUUUUUCAUUUCAUUAUAUAUCAUUUCCCAGAAGCUUUUCGUUUUCUUACAUUCGCACCACAUGUGAUAAAAAGAUCCUUCUUUUUCUUUACAUUUCCAACAUUUAUUACUUACUUUAUACAUUUUGGCUAAUUUCACUGGUGUAAUAUACCAUCUAUACAUCAUUUUCAUCACAUUUUCUUUCAAAGCAUUGCAAGCUGUAAAUUUUAAUCCUUCCACAAUUUUUCCUAAUCUUUUAACUGUAUAUUAUACCCAAAAUCCUUGGCCCAAUGUAUCAUAACCGAUUUUACCUCUUCAUCUUUCAAAUGCCACUCCAGCAGCAAUUUAUACAUUUUAGACAAUAUUUUACAAUCAUUGUUCAAUACUUCUAUUUCAAAUUUUGAUUUAUUAUAAGCAAAUCCAUCCUAAUCCAACACUCUAACUGUAGCACCCUGCUUGUGGUUAAUGCUUAGCUGGAAUGAAAUAUUCAACGCAGCAAUAGAGAAAUUAAAAUAAUAAUUUAUUUGUCAGACAAAUAAAUGAGAGACACAGUGGUAUAUGGAUACCAAAGCUCUGCCCACUCCAGCCCUGAUGGCCAGCACUUAUAUUUCCUCAGCCCAGCCCCCUUGCUCCUCCUUUGGCUGCCUCUGUCCAAUCAGCCUGGUUGAAAUUCCUAUUGGCUGUUUGCUAGAACCAAUCAUAAAAGAUACACCCAUUUCCUAUUACCUUUUAUGGGAGACAAAGAGCUAUAUUUCCUUCUAUCCAUAAAUGGCAGACAAGUAGCCAUAUAUCUUACAUUUGCCUCGACAAGGCACCUUAAUUACCAGAUCACCUUUUGCCCCUGCAUUCCAAAACAAAUGGCUAAAACAAAUGGCUCAUGGUAUUAAAUUCUAUCUAAACAGAGAUCUUGGGUUCACAUUCUCACACACCAUCAAUGAAAUAAGAAUCUAACAUAAGAAUCUAACAUUUCUUACUUUCUAAAUCCUUUGCAUAAUUACAUUAAGCCAACAAAUCUCAUACAUAACAUAGAUAGCUUUUUAGAAGAAAAGGCCUUUGCAAAGUAAAAAAGGAACUCAGUAAAAACAGCUUCAAAAGAAGCCUCUUCAGUUUACACCCCCCUUUCCCAGCCAGCUGCUUUUCCCAUUAGCUCUUCCCAAAAUUUAUUGCCCUUUAACUCUCUCAGUAUACCUUAAACCUUAGGAAAAUAUGGCUAGAGUCUGAUGGGAGGCACAUGGUAUUAUUUUCUGUUAAACAAUAAAUCUUACUAUUUACCAACUCUUAAUUAGUGUUUUUGCAGCUUGAUUGUAUUCUGUAAUAUGUAGGGUCAGUGUAACCUUUGCUCCCAGCCUGUAAUUCCCUUUUACAACUUUGAGAAACUUUUCUCCUGCUACUGCUAUAAAUCAGGGGGGGCCCUUGUUCAGGAGAGCAGGAAGAUAAACAACUGCCAAAGUACCUAGCCAGCUGGUUUCUGCCUGGCAUGAAACAUACAAACAUUUGCAAAUAUAUCUUUAAGCUUAUUUUAAAAUACAGGCCUUGAUCAGAUGCCUCAUAACCACUGUGCCACGCUGCCUCUCCAGGAGACAGAAAUCCUCAGUGAGUUGCUGGCUCUCUGCAAGCAUUUGGGAAGGGGGGGAGUGUCGCCGAACCUCACCCAUUCUUCUUUGAUUCCUUUCCUGCCUCUUCCGAACAGGAGCCGUAUUACGUCCGUUGCAUCAAGCCAAACGACCAGAAGUCGCCCUUGCUCUUUGACGCGGAGCGCUGCCGUCAUCAGGUGUCGUAUUUGGGACUACUUGAGAACGUGCGUGUCCGGAGGGCAGGAUUCGCCUACAGGCAGCCUUACGACCGCUUCCUCCUCCGGUAAGCACCACCGCCAGGCCUUCGGUACAAUCAGAGCACCGCAAAUUUUCCAAAGGUGGCAAAAUUUUCCUUCCCCGCUAGCCCCCUGGGCCUGGCCCGAUACACUCAAUGGCAAAAAUCAGUGGAAGUAGUUUCUCAAGGUAGGAAUAUUGGGGCGUGGUAAGUAAGGAAAAGGGACGCGGUUAGCACUGUGGUCUAAACCACAGAGCCUAGGGCUUGCCGAUCAGAAGGUCAGCGAUUCGAAUCCCCGCGACGGGGUGAGCUCCCGUUGCUCGGUCCCUGCUCCUGCCAACAUAGCAGUUUGAAAGCACGUCAAAGCGCAAGUAGAUAAAUAGGUACUGCUCCGGCGGUAAGAUAAACGGCGUUUCCGUGCACUGCUCUGGUUCGCCAGAAGCGGCUUAGUCAUGCUGGCCACAUUUUUUUAAAUAAGUUUUUUUAUUCAAAAUUAAAACGAAACAUAUCAUCCUUGUUUCCCCCCCAUUUUUCCUCCCUCCCCCCACCCUCCCACACAAAACCCACCCACCCCAACCCCCCGACUUCCCUCAGUUCCAGUCUUUGGUUUCUCUGAGACUGCUGUUUUCUGCAUGUUACAAAGUUGUAUAGAUCCUCAAACUAUUUAGCUGAUUAUUAUCAAUAAAAAGUUUGUGAAUGUUUAUUCAAAACCUGCCAAGGAGUCCAGUUCACUUUGUUGUGUCUUCAAAUACUUUGUAAAUGGUUCCCAUUCAUCUUUAAAGUCACAGUUAUCCUAGUCCCGUAGCUUAUAUGUCAGUUUUGCCAGUUCUGCAUAGUCCAUCCAUUUUUCUUGCCAUGAUUCUUUAGUUGGGGUUUCUUCAGUCUUCCAUCCUUGUGCUACCAGAACUCUCGCGGCCGUUGUAUUCAUGCUGGCCACAUGACCCGGAAGCUGUACGCCGGCUCCCUCGGCCAAUAAAGCGAGAUGAGCGCCGCAACCCCAGAAUCGGCCACGACUGGACCUUAUGGUCAGGGGUCCCUUUACCUUUAAGUAAUCAAAAUAUAAUGAGACCUGGGAGAGGGGCCCCAAUUUCCUCUCCCAGAAUGAGGUGGCGCAGUCCCGAAGUGGCAGCUUUCCCAUUUUUGCAAUGAACUCCCCUGCAAAGAAACCAAUAACAAUGAUCCAUGCAAGCAGAAAGCUAGCACGGCGGUUAGUGGCCUGAGCUACUACCUUUCUCCUUGCGUGGAGUGUCAGUUUUGCCUGCAGCUCUGCGAAAAGGCUUUUGGGAUGGUGCUCUCCCAUCCCGCAGCCAGCAUUUCCUUGACUCUUAUCUCAAGCCAGGCCAGUCACCGGUAAAUUCCUCCCUUCCCAGGUAUAAGAUGACCUGUGAGUACACAUGGCCCAACCACCUCAUGGCUACCGACCGGGAGGCCACGCAGGCCUUGAUGGAGCAGCACGGCUUCCAGGAAGACGUGGCCUACGGACACACCAAGAUCUUUAUCCGCACGCCCCAGACGCUUUUCACCCUGGAGCAAGAACGAGCCCAGCUGAUCCCCAUCAUUGUGCUGCUACUGCAAAAGGUACCCGUGUUUCCGUUUACACCGGUUGCAAGUAUGGACAGGAGGAAUGUGGGGCCCGAUUCCACACCUGAAGGGGCUGCUGUACCUCCAGGUCAAUAGUAUCCGAGGCAACACGAUGACCAAAUACAAUGAUACGGUAUCAAUAUACACUCUUUAUAUAAUAUGAAAUACUGUAUUUUUUGCUCUAUAAGACUCACUUUUUCCGUCCUAAAAAGUAAGGGGAAAUGUGUGUGCGUCUUAUGGAGCGAAUGCAGGCUGCACAGCUAUCCCAGAAGCCAGAACAGCAAGAGGGAUUGCUGCUUUCACUGCUCAGCGAUCCCUCUUGCUGUUCUGGCUUCUGAGAUUCAGAAUAUUUUUUUUCUUGUUUUCCUCCUCCCAAAACUAGAUGUGUCUUGUGGUCUGGUGUGUCUUAUAGAGCGAAAAAUACGGUAUAUGAAAUCACGUAAACAGAAAACUUACGAAUCUCUGAAAGUCACAAAAUAUGCACUCUUAAUGGAUUCUCUUGAAACAAAAAACCAAAGUUUUAUAAGUCUCUGAAAGUCUUUGAAGACUAUGCAAGUCUCUGAAAGAAGCAAUGAAUCAGAUUCUUAUCUGGGGGAAACAGGCUGUAAAGCUUUGUUUAUGGAGUCCAACGCUGCCGAAGUCGUUCGCAAACAGACAUAGUGAACGGUGAUUCCGGAUAUUCUCACUGUUUCGUGGAAUUCUUCUUCAGCACAGCAGAAGGAUACAGAAAUUCUUCAAAAACCCAUCUAUAGGGUGAAUGGGAAAGUAUGAACAACAAUUGCUAUGGAGCAGUGGUCAUAAAGGUAUGUAUAUAAAGAGUGUAUAUUGAUAUUGUAUCAUUUUAUUUGGUCAUCAUGUUGCCUUGGAUAUUACUGACUAUUGUUUGCAACACAGGGGUUAAAUUGUUUGGUACCUCCUGGUCAAAACAGGGCAACGGAGUCUUGAACCUGGGACCUUUUGCCUGCAAGGCAGACACUCUGCCAUUGAGCUACUCCCCUGAUGGGUUCCUUAGAGGGAGUUUUCCCUGCCCUCCAUCAAGGAUGGAGCCUGGGAAGCUUCUGCAUGCAAGGCAAGGCUGUUCUGCCCCUGAAAUCUGGACAUAGGUGGCGCUGUGGUCUAAACCACUGAGCCUCUUGGGCUUGCUGAUCAGAAGGUCGGCGGUUCAAAUUAUUAUUAUUAUUUAUUCAACUUAUACACCACCCUAUAACCGGAGGUGGUAUGCGGGUGGCGCUGUGGGUUAAACCACAGAGCCUAGGGCUUGCCGAUCAGAAGGUUGGCUGUUCGAAUCCCCGCGACGGGGUGAGCUCCCAUUGCUCGGUCCCUGCUCCUGCCAACCUAGCAGUUCGAAACACGUCAAAGUGCAAGUAGAUGAAUAGCUACCACUCCGGCGGGAAAGUAAACGGCGUUUCCGUGUGCUGCUCUGGUUCACCAGAAGUGGCUUAGUCAUGCUGGCCACAUGACCCGGAAGCUGUACGCCGGCUCCCUCGGCCAAUAAAGCGAGAUGAGCGCCGCAACCCCAGAGUCGGUCACGACUGGACCUAAUGGUCCCUUUACCCUUUACCUUUAUACCCGGAGGUCUCAGGGCAGUUCACAACAAGAUCACAACCUAGUAAAUGAAACCAAAAGCAAUAACCCAAUAACUCUCACGCACCUCCAAGUCACAUUCUAAAAGGGUGUUGGAUGUCAAUAAGAUCAACCAAAGGCCUGGUUAAAAAGGAAUGUUUUUGCCUUGCGCCUAAGGGUGUAUAGUGAAGGCGCCAGAUGAACUUCCCUGGGGAGUUCCCUGGGGAGUUCCAUAGGCGGGGAACCACUGCAGAGAAGGCCCGUUCGAAUCCCCGCAACGGGGUGAGCUCCCGCUGUUCUGUCCCAGCUCCUGCCAACCUAGCAGUUCAAAGCACACCAGUGCAAGUAGAUAAAUAGGUACCACCGCGGCAGGAAGGUAAAUGGCAUUUCCGUGCGCUCUGGUUUCCGUCACGGUGUCCCGUUGCGUCAGAAACGGUUUGGUCCUGCUGGCCACAGGACCCAGAAAGCUGCCUGUGGACAAACGCCGGCUCCCUCGGCCAGAGAGUGAGAUGAGCGCCACACCCCACAGUCGCCUUUGACUGGACUUAACCAUCCAGGGUUCCUUUACUUUUUACAUUUUUUUCCGGGAGGCCGGGGGCAGGGAGAGUUUGGUGGUGGUGGUGGGGUGGGGUGGUUGCCAUGGCUUGGCUGGCCCUGAUUUGACUCGUCCGUCCCAUGCAGGCCUGGAGGGGCGCCCUGGCCCGCAAGCGCUGCCGUUACCUGCGAGCCACCUACACCAUCAUGUCUUACUACAAGCGCCACAAGGUGAAGUCUCACCUGCUGGAGCUGGUGGAGAGGUUUCAGGCAGUACGCAGCAUGGCGGACUACGGCAAGGGCGUGGAGUGGCCGGAGCCGCCAGCCGUGCUGGCUCAGUUCCAGGAGAACAGCAAGCUCAUCUUCCGCAGGUAACAGCAGAGGGCGCCGUGCUGUGCCCAAAUACCUUUUCGAUUGGCGGAGCCUCUGGCAGAUCUUGAGUUCAGAUCUGCGGCGGUUCAGACGCAAAGAUUAUACGCCGCUUGUGUUUUGCUCCGAGAAGGCCCCCUGAAAUGAUUGGGUAUGGCUGACUUGGACCUCUUCGUUUCAGAGCAAAACAGAUCUGGAUAGCACCCGCCCAUGCCGCGUGGGCCAAGCCCAGCCAAGCAGACUCCGGCUGCACCUACACUCACCUUUUAAACAUUGUUAGAACGAUACUAAACAAUAUUGUUCCAAAAAACCCAAGACAUUUGGUUUCUCUUUCGCUUCCUUUGCCGCAUGUCAGUCAGUCAGUCAGUUUUAUUCCACAUAGCCAAAGGCUGCCGCAAUGUACACAGAAUCAUUCAACAAUUAAAAGAAAAUAUACUGGAUUGAUACAAAAAAACUUAAAACAUUUAUAUUAUCAAGACAUUACCUACUCUAAACAGAGCUAUAAAAGUACCUUAAUAUACAAGUUAAGACAUUAAACAAUAAAAUUUAUAAGCUAAAAUUAUCACAUGGCCGCUAAUAUAUUAAAAAAUUAAUGUUAAUUAAUACAAUGUGCAAUUAUAUUCGGAGUUUGGUGAUAAAGACAGAAUAUAGCUUGAUGUAGGUAGGGUCAAAUAAAUUCAUCUCCUUUACAGUUGGUGGCUAUCUUGGCUAUAUAAUUUGCUCUAAUUUUCCUAGCGGCAGUUGCAAAGAGUGCUACACGCCAGGUCACAUACUUCUCUGUGUCUGCGAGGAGAUAUAAAAUCAUGUCAGAGGGGUCCUGGUCAGGGGUCCUUGUCCUUAUAGGUGCUAAAAAUCGUUCUCUUGCUUUGUUAUAUAAGGGGCAGUGCGAUCUACCGUAUGAUCUUUGCCGUAUGAUCUACCUGGUUUGUGGGGGGAGGGGAGCUCUUGAUCACCCCCUGGCGUCACAUUUUAAUAAUGCAGUUUUAACUUUGAAAAAGAAUGUCAUGUGGCUAUACAGUGGAACCUUGGUUCUUGAGCUGAAUCCGUUCUGGAAGCCCGUUUGACUCCCAAAACAAUUCGAAAACCAAGGCGCGGCUUCCGAUUGGCUGCAGGAGCUUCCUGCACUCAACCGGAAGCCGUGGAAACUGCGUCAGACGCCCGGUGUCCAAAAAACAUUUGCAAAACUGGAACGGUUAACUUCUGGGUUUUCGCCAUUCAGGAGCCCGUUUGUUCGUCAACUAAGCCGUUCGGGAAGCAAGGGUUGGACUGUAUAGUUACCAGAACCUUAACUCUUUUUUAGCGUUAAAAACCACAUGUGUAGAUCCCUCCGCUCUCUCUCUUGUAGAAUAAAGUUCUUCCUGAUGUUCAGUCGGAACCUCUCUCUCAGCUUCUCCCGGGAUCUCUGAGGUUACAGGGAACCAGACAGAGGGCCUUCUCGGUGGUGGCGCCCACCCUGUGGAACGCCCUCCCUUCAGAUGUGAAGGAAAUAAGCAGCUAUCUUCUUUUUAAAAGACAUCUGAAGGCAGCCCUGUUUAGGGAAGUUUUUAAUAUUUAGUGCUGUAUUGUUUUUAACACUUGAUUGGAAGCCGCCCAGAGUGGCUGGGGAAACUCAGCCAGAUGGGCGUGGUAUAAAUAAUAAAUUAUUAUUAUUAUUAUUAUUAUUAUUUCUCCAGGUGGCGAGCCAGACAGAUCGUGAAGAACAUCCCUCCCUCCGACAUGGACCAGAUCAAGGCCAAAGUGGCAGCCCUGGAUGUCCUGCAAGGCCUGCGGAAGGACUGGGGCUGCUCCAGGAGCUGGGGGAGGAACUACUUGGUCUCGGUAAGUGUUUCCGGAAGUGGAGGCGAGAAGUCGUUGCCCUGCCAUGUCUGCAUCCUCCUGCGCAGUUGGUGGCUGGUGGCCCUUGGGAAUGGCAGAGAGAGAAGGGGGAGAGCCCAACUGUAGGCGGAGCCAGAGUCAGUGACAAGCAGGGCCAGGGCCCAAUGACCAGGCAGGGCCAAAUGAUCCUGCUUUUGUCCCCACCCUCCUCCCCGCUGAGUCGCGCAAGCAGCAGCUGGUGUCGGAAGCGAGCCUGCAAUAAAUCACACUGAGGAGGCGAAGUUAACCGUUUACUGGAAAAUACACAUCGAAGCAGUUCAUGGCGUUAAAAACCGAAGGAAGGGAAAACCGGGCAUCAGUCGAUGGUUGUGGAAGGACUGCUGUCUUGCUCGUGAGUUGGGGGCCAAACGAAGCAAACCUCUCCCACCCAGGGCCUUGCAGAGCCAGGCAGAGGCCCGGGCCAGGCAGAUAAUGUGCCCCCCUUUUUUUACCCUGGGGAUAACUGAAGUCUUAUAAAUAAGUAUAUAAAUAAUUUUGUGAAUAUGCUGACCAAGGCCCCUUUUGGAAUAGGAGGCCCGGGCCAAGUGGCCCAUAUGCGCCCCCCCCUCUGUCUGGGCCUGCUCCCACUUCCCACCCCCACCCCCUUUACACUUUUUGGAUGUUGCCUUCCAGUUUCCAUAGUAACUGCAGAGCUAUUGAAAAAGCCCAACCUCCUCCUCCUCCUCCUCAGCUCAUCCAUUUCCCCCCACACACACUCUGCAACCCCCCCCCCCGUGAUAAAACCUCUCUUCCCUUCUCCUCUACAACCCCUGCCUCACCUGAAUCAGCGCCCCCUCCUCCCAAAUUCAGAAGAACCUUACGAUUCAGCAUUUUACUAGCCUUGGGGGAAUAACAGAAUCAUAGAAUUGGAACGGACCCCCAGGGGCCAUCUAUUCCAACCCCCUGCAAUGCAGGAAUUGCAACCCAAGAAUCCCCCACAGAUGGCCACCUGACCUCUGCUUUACUCUUCCUAAAAGUUGCUGAGAGACCCCCUGUUUCACUCACAAAGCUACAAUUCCCAGAGUGGUCUCCCAAGCAAAUCCCUCUUCUCAGAGGACUCUGGGAACUGUAGUCUCCUCACAACUAUCAGCACCCUUUUAACAAACUACAGUUCCCAGCAUUCUUUGGUCUUGGUGGGGGGGAAGCCAAGGCUGUUUAAAGUGGCGUCAUACUGCUUUAACAAUAUGGUGUAGGGCUUGUUUUUGGCUGCAAUCUCUACCUGCAGUUGUAUUCUCGGCCGCCGAGACCAUAUAACACCGGUUUUGAAAGACCUACACUGGCUCCCAGUACGUUUCCGAGCACAAUUCAAAGUGUUGGUGCUGACCUUGAAAGCCCUAAACGGCCUCGGUCCAGUAUAUCUGAAGGAGCGUCUCCACCCCCAUCGUUCAGCCCGGACACUGAGGUCCAGCGCUGAGGGCCUUCUGGCGGUUCCCUCCCUGCAAGAAGCCAAGUUACAGGGAACCAGGCAGAGGGCCUUCUCGGUGGUGGCGCCCGCCCUGUGGAACGCCCUCCCAGCAGAUGUCAAAGAGAAAAAUAACUACCGAACUUUUAGACGACAUCUGAAGGCAGCCCUGUUUAGGAAAGCUUUUAAUGUUUAAUAUGUUAUUGUAUUUUAAUAUUCCAUUGGAAGCCGCCCAGAGUGGCUGGGGAAACGCAGCCAGAUGGGCGGCGUAUAAAUGAUAAAUUAUUAUUAUUAUUAUUAUUAUUAUUAUUCUCUAGUAUUUGGUGCAAGAGCAUCGUGAUUGGAACAGGGAAAGCUAGCAAAAAUCAGCUGAGGGAGGGAAGCUCUAGAUUUGUGGUUCCCAAGUUUUCUGGAUCCAUAAACUCUUUUCCCGAUGCCCCUUACCCUACCAUAUAAAAAGCGUUAUUGAGGUAGCUCAGUUGGUAGAGCAUAUGAGACUUUUUAUCUGAGGGCCACGAGUUCGAGUCCACGUUGGGUGAAGUUCCAGCGUUGCGGGGAGUUGGACCAGAUGAGGCUUUUGGUGCCUAUGGGAUGAUUCCUCUCUGAAUUAGGGGUUUGUGUGACCCGCUAAGGAAGGUAAUGACAAAGGAAAAUUCAAAACAGGAGCAAUUAAUUGCACGUUUAUUCAAAACCCAAUUAGAACUCUUCAGUUUAAUUCAUUCAACAAAACUGACAGACUUGAUCCAGGCAUACCAGACUUUUCAAAGGCUGAGGGUCAGUUAUACCUCCAGUAUAUACCCCCCCUCGGAUGCUGGUGGCGCUGUGGGUUAAACCACAGAGCCUAGGACUUGCCGAUCAGAAGGUCGGUGGUUCGAAUCCCCGCAGCGGGGUGAGCUCCCGUUACUCGGUCCCAGCUCCUGCCAACCUAGCAGUUCGAAAGCACACCAAAAAGUGCAAGUAGAUAAAUAGGUACCACUCUGGCGGGAAGGUAAACGGCGUUUCCGUGCACUGCUCUGGUUCGCCAGAAGCCGCUUAGACCGUGCUGGCCAGAUGACCCGGGCUGCCACGCCUGGCGCUCCGGCCAAUAAAGCUGCAAGCGUUUGCCUGGCCCUUUAGGUGGGCUCUGGUUCGCCAGAAGCCGCUUAGUCAUGCUGGCCACAUGACCCGGAAGCUGUACGCCGGCUCCUCCGGCCAAUAAAGCAAGAUGAGCGCUGCAACCCCAGAGUCGUCUGCGACUGGACCUUAUGGUCAGGGGUCCCUUUACCUUUUUAUAUACCCCCCUGAUGCCCCCUUGCCUUUUAGUGGCUCCCCACCCCCGGCCAAAGUAUUCCCGCUGACCACUUUGAGAGCCACCGCUCUAACUGAUGGGCUUUUUAAGUUUUGAAAAGAUGAAGGCGGAGGGAGGAAAGGUGACACGAGGGAAUCUGUAAAAACAACAACAACCGAGACACCUCAAAUGUGCAAAGAGGGUGAAUACAGGGAAAUUGUUUAUUUAUAUCCCACGGACGGCGCAAGGCAGUAAACAACAGAACAGAGAGAGAUGUGAAAGACUUUGCCAUGAAACAUUUAUCAAAGCAAUCCAUAGCAGGCUAUAAAAAACCCCAGCAGCCGCCUGCCUAAAUUGCUGGAACCCUAAAGGAGACAUAGAGCAUCAUUUCACAACUUCCCAGCGUGUCUUUCAUCCUCCUUCCUCCAAAUCCUGAGGAGAAGGAGGGAAGGUUGGCGGGUUUGUUUGCUGAGAAUCUAAAACUGUUAUCGGAGCUUCUUUAGCAUGUGUGGGGGGAGAGUAGAAUCCACAGCUAUUAUUUUCUCAAAAUGCUAGUGUGGAUUCAAUUAGACCAGAGAGGUGGACGGCCGUUAACUACAGUGGUACCUCGCAAGACGAAUGCCUCGCAAGAUAAAAAACUCGCUAGACGAAAGGCUUUUUUGUUUUUUGAGCUGCUUCGCAAGACGAUUUUCCCUAUGGGCUUGCUUCGCAAGAUGGAAACGUCUUGCAAGUUUGUUUCCUUUUUCUUAACACCGUUAAUACAGUUGCGACUUGACUUCGAGGAGCAACUCAUAGAACGCGGUGUGGUAGCCUUUUUUGAGGUUUUUAAAGACUUUGGUAUUUUUGAAGCUUUCCCAAAACUUUCCCAACACCGUGCUUCGCAAGACGACAAAACUCGCGGAAUGAAUUAAUUUUGUCUUGCGAGGCACCACUGUAUAUCAAGUGAGGACUCCCAACCCAAAUAGCCAUUUUUGUGCAUGAAGCUCAGGUAAUGGCUAUCCUGGGUCACUUCCCUUUCGCUAGGGUUUCAUCCUGACCAGUUUGCACAAUUUUUUUCAGGGAUUUGGUCUGAUUUGUUUGCGGGGGAAGUUAGAUAACACCAUCCAUGCUGGGAUUCCUGCAUUGCAGGGGGAACGGCCAGGUGACCCCAGUGUGUGUGUGUGCUUGCUUCAAACUACAAUUUUUUAAUUCUAUGACCUGUUUAGGGACGCAGGUGGUGCUGUGGGUUAAACCACAGAGCCUAGGACUUGCCGAUCAGAAGGUCAGCGGUUCAAAUCCCCGCGACGGGGUGAGCUCCUGUUGCUCGGUCCCUGCUCCUGCCAACGUAGUAGUUCGAAAGCACACUAGUGCAAGUAGAUAAAUAGGUACCACUCUGGCGGGAAGGUAAACGGCGUUUCCGUGCGCUGCUCUGGUUCUCAAGCAGCUUAGUCAUGCUGGCCACAUGACCCGGAAGCUGUAUGCUGGCUCCCUCGGCCAAUAAAGCGUGAUGAGCACCGCAACCCCAGAGUCGGCCACGACUGGACCUAAUGGUCAGGGGUCCCUUUACCUUUACCUUUACUAUGACCUGUUUAUGGAGCAUUUGUCCCUAUUGGUCUGUGGGGAGAUUGACGUUGCUCCCAGCAAUCAUUAAACCCACACUUUCCAGUUUGUGUGUUGCUUUCCUCCGCAACUCCCAUCUCCUGCGGGGGGCGCAAUUAGUGCCAGCACCGUCCGUUAAGAGUUUGGGUGUAAUCUUCGACACCUCCCUUUCCAUGGAGGCACAGAUUGCAGCUAUAACAAAGGCAGCAUUUUUUCAUCUCCGCCAAGCUAAGCAGUUGGUUCCUUACCUCUCUUGCCUUGACGUAGCCACUGUGAUCCACGCGAUGGUCACCUCCAGACUGGAUUAUUGUAACUCACUGUACAUGGGGCUGCCCUAGAGACUGACCCAGAAACUCCAGCGGGUGCAGAAUGCCGCGGUGAGACUCCUUACGGGGUCUUCGCCGCGGGAUCACAUUCACCCGGUGCUCUACCAGCUGCACUGGCUCCCGGUGGAGUACAGGAUCAGGUUUAAGGUGCUGGUUUUAACCUUUAAAGCCCUAUACGGCCUAGGAUCCUCGUACCUACGGGACCGCCUCUCCUGGUAUGUCCCACAGAGGACCUUACGGUCUUCAAACAAAAACAUCUUGGAGAUCCCAGGCCACAGGGAGGUUAGGCUGGCCUCAACCAGAGCCAGGGCUUUUUCGGCCGUGGCCCGGAUCGGGUUGAACGUUCUGUCCCAAGAGACCAGGGCCCUGCGGGACUUGACGUCUUUCCGUGUGGCCUUCAAAACAGAGCUGUUCCGUCAGGCCUUUGGCCAAGGCACAGUCUGACCCCCUCCUUUGGUAAUCCUCAUAGAACUCUAACCCAAUGGUUGCCGUUAAUUUGACUCUGAAUUGAUUUUAGAAUGAAUUGACCCGGCUUCAGUGGGGAGGGCGGGAUGUAAUGUUAUUUAUUUAUUUAUUUAUUUGUUUGUUUGUUUGUUUGUUAUUAUUUAUUACAAAUUUGUAGUGGGUUUCUUGACCACUAAUUCUGCAACCUGAAUUCUGCUGUUGUGCAUGUUAGGAUAUUUCCGUUCCACCUUAAAAGGGAGCAGGCUUUGUGAGUCAGAGUCUGCGUAUUUCCUGUUCACAGGAUGUUUAUGUUUUCUGUUGCUUUCGUUCUCUCUCUGUGUCGCAGACACUAAAGCAGUCAGUCAUGUUUUUCUGUGUUCUGAUCAACGCUGAAUAAACUUGUAAAUAAUGCUCUCCUGAGUGCAACUUUUGCUGUGCAUUAUCUGCUGAUAGAGCGUGCAUGAGCUCUAGAAUGUGGCAAGAUAUUUUCUAGAAACUCAUGUCGCUGCGUGCCUACGGGAGGUCGAUGGAUCGUCCGGCAGACGGCUUGGGGGCCUUGAUGGACUUUAUCUCCCUGGCAGUAUCCCAACAACAGGUUAUGGGCCCAGAUUCACAGCACUUACAGGAGAGUAAGACUGCGACAGACUGCUGAAAGGUAUGUGGAGGAAAAGCGAAAGUAAGGCUUUUCUGUUUGCCGCGGCAAAGUCUCUUUGAUGUCCGGCAGGCCUAAUUGGAUCUGGGAGCCGCGCCAAAGGCCUCAAGAUUUAUGGCUGCCGAGAUAAGACGUCUCUGAAGUGAAUAAGACUCAGGCUCAAAUAAAAAGCUGGAAUGGAGUUUUUCCAAGCUUCUGAGGCUGCUGAGUGCCCAAAGUUAAAUCGGCACAACUAUCAGACCUGGGCAAAAUGGUGUGAGAGCUUGCUGCGUCAGUUUGGAGUGUGGCAUACUGUGUGUGAGGCCCCUCCAGUUCCUCUGACAGAUAGAUGGAAGGCCGAAAAUUCGAAGGCGAUAGACGUAAUCGUCUUGUCCGUCUCUCUGGAGGAAAUAAAGACGCUUGCUGGCAAUCUGACUGCACGUAAGAUGUGGCAUGCUUUGAAGAUAGCCCAUUUGCCAGUCAUCCCAGCCCAGAGUUUGACUGCAUCGGAGGUCCUGGCUGUUUCCCAGAAUGCGAGUGAAUGCAGGGAUGCCGAGGGCACCGGUUGCAAGCUGCAGGGGAAGCUGACUGUCACGUCAUCCCAGGCCGCAUUCCAGCCUCCAGGGGAGCCAAGGAGUCGGCAGCUGAGAGCUCUGUUUCUCAUGGGAGCCAAGGUCAUCGCCUUUGCAGAGGCCGGAAGGGCAAAGGUAAACAGAGGCAGACGCCUGCAGAUGGCCAGAAGCAGAGGGAGGGUGAAGAGCCCACGCCAGAGGAAAACAAGGCUUUGUUUGCUGGCACAGCUUCACCAAAGGCUAAAGGCAAGUCUGAUGGCCAGGAGCAGGGGGGCAAGCUGCAAAAGCCCACGCCAGUGGAAAACAAGGUUUUGUUUGCUGGCACAGCCUCACCAAAGGCUAAAGGCAAGUCUGAUGGCCAGGAGCAGAGGGGCAAGCUGCAAAAGCCCACGCCGGUGGAAAACAAGGUUUUGCUUGCUGCAAAGACUGCUCCAAAGGCCAAGGCCAGGUUUGUUGUUGAUUCAGGCUGUACCCGCCAUGUCUCAAAGGACCGCCACCUAUUUAUCUCCUUCAAACCUCAAGAAGGUGAGAUCCACCUGGCUGAUGGAAAGACGUUGCGAAUUGCAGGAGAAGGGACUGUGAAACUGGCAAGUCUGCACACGACCAUCAAAGAUGUACUAUAUGUUCCAGGUGCUGCAGACAAUUUGCUCAGUGUCCCACAGCUGACUGGGCGUGGUUUUGAGAUUUCCUUCAAGAGGAGCGUCUGUGUCAUCAGAAAAGGCAAAGAGGACAUUUUGCAUGCAAAGUUUAUGGAUGGCUUGUUCUGUAUAACUUAUGAUGACAAUGGUGCUGUUGUGUCUAAUGUUGAUUCUUGUUGUGUUGCACAAACUAACAAAGUUCUUCAUGCAGGAUGCAUUCACGAUGCACACAGAAGGUUUUGCCAUCUCUCUUGGAAGGCACUGGCCAAGAUGCCAGAGAUGGUUGAGGGUUUGAACAUCAAACCCUGUAAGUUUCACAUGAAAUGUGUAUCUUGUGCAGAGAACAAGGUGAAGGUUGCUCCAAAAGGCAAGGAGUCUAGCAGGCAGGCUUCCAAACCCUACCAGCUAGUGCACGCAGACCUGGUUGGUCCACUUGCGCCCUCUUUGGGUGGAGCAAGGUACUUCAUGGUUCUAAUUGAUUCUUUUUCCAGGUACAUUCAUGUGUUUAUGCUCGAGCAGAAAUCGCAAGCGUUUCCUAAGUUCAAGGCAUUCUGUGCUUGGUUGGAGAAUGUUCACGGUAAACGUAUUGGCUGUCUGUUUACUGAUCGAGGCGGGAGUUCACUUCUCAGCAGUUUGAAGCUUUCCUGACUGAGAAGGGAAUCCAGCAUGACUUGUCAACGCCUAGAUCGCCAUGGAUGAAUGGGCUUGCGGAGCGAGCAAAUCAAACGUUGCUGCAAGGAAUGAAAACAUUGUUGCAUGAUGCCAAUCUCCCUGAUAAGUAUUGGGGGGAGGCUCUGUCGAAUUUUGCUUACACUUAUAAUCGCAGAUUGUCAUCACCUAUUGGUUGUACCCCCUAUGAGAAGAUGUUUGGUAAGAAACCCAACAUCAAACACAUGAGAAUCUUUGGUUCUGACAUGUGGGUACACACCCCACAGAGCAACAAGCUUGGGAAGCGUGGGGCACAUGGUUUGUUCAUGGGGUACGAAAAGGUGCAUACAGGGUAUGGAUGACCAACUCUAAGUCCAUUAAGUUCACAAAGAGUGUUGAGUACAAUCCUAAGUGGGGGGGAAAUGUGGGAAUUUUCCAGAGUUACCCAGAGGAGGAUGAAGGUGAUGUCAAAGAAGCAGCUAAAGCUGAGGAAGCUGCUGAGGAUGAUGAUGAUGAUGAUGAUCAGAGUUCGGAUUCCAGUUCAGUGGGCGGCGCUGCUGCUGGUGUCAGUGACAGUGAUGACACAGCAGACUACAAGAGCGCAAAGGCCUCAGUCAGACCAUCUGAUGCGUCUGACAAUGAACUGGAAGAACCACUGUUCACCAUUGGUCACUUUUCUCCUAAGAAGGAGGAGAUGAGUCCAGAAGACUUGCGUCUAGUACGCAGAUCUGAAAGAGCCACAAAGGGCAGACCUCCAAAGAGAUUUGCUGAUGAGUUUGCUAAGACAGCAACUGCUGUUCUUAGUAGCUCAGAGAAGGUGUGGGAACCUUCAAGCUUCAAAGAGGUUCAGGAGUUAACCUCUAAAGAUGCUGAGCCUUGGCUUAAUGCCAUGAAGGCUGAAGUUGAUUCCUUGAACAGGAACCAAACUUGGGAACUGGUACCGGUAGUCCCAGGAAUGAGACUGGUUGGCAGCAAAUGGGUCUUCAAGGCCAAGACAGACCAGAAUGGCAAGGUUGUCAGACACAAAGCCAGAUUGGUUGCCAGAGGUUUUUCACAGGUACCAGGACAGGAUUACCACGAGACCUACUCACCCACCGUCAAAUAUGAGAGCAUUCGGCUGAUGCUCAAGAUAGCUGCAGAGGAGAAACUGCAUGUUUCCCAUCAUGACAUUAAUACAGCUUUUUGUACGGGAUUUUGGGGGAGGAGCUGUUUAUGCUUCCACCUGACGGGAUGCAGAUACAGAAGGGAAUGGUCUGUAAACUGCGGAAAUCCUUAUAUGGUCUCAAGCAGAGUGCCAGGUGUUGGAACACAAAACUCACUGAGACAUUGCUUUCUCUAGGUUUUCACCAGGGCAAAGCUGAUCCAUGUGUGUUUGUCAAGGAGGAGGGGCAAAACAAACUGUAUUGUUUAUGUUUUGUUGAUGAUCUUCUGAUGUUUUGGAAGAAUCAGGCUUUGUACCAAAGCACCCUAGCUCAGCUGAAGGAGCACUUUGACAUGAAGGAUCUUGGUGAGGUAUCCAACUAUCUUUCUCUGCAGGUGGAGAGGGACCAAGCAGGUAAUUUUCUGGUACACCAAACACAGAAAAUUGCUGAUGUAUUAACCAGGUUGAAUUUGGUUGAUGCAAACCCAGCAGACACACCGAUGGUGACAGGUUACCAGGUAGACAGUACUGCUGAAGCGUUUUCUGACACAACGCUGUACAGAUGCAUUCUAGGCAAGUUGAAUUUCAUUGCUAGAUGCUCAAGACCUGACAUAGCUGUAAGCUGUAACCUGCUUAGCAGACAUGCCAACAAUCCUACUGUUCAGGAUUGGAAAGCUCUGAAGCGCAUAGCCCGCUAUUUGAAAGGGACUUUGCACUACAGGCUGAGGUUCACCAGUCAGAAGACUGGAGGUCUUGAAAUCUUUGCAGAUGCAAGUUUUGGAAGUGACACCACGGAUGGUACAAGCACUUCUGGAGUAUGCUACAUGUACAACCACUGCCUGUUUGACUGGUUGUGCAAAAAGCAGACGACAGUGAGCCUAAGUUCCUGUGAAGCAGAACUCAAUGCUCUGUCAUUUUCACUCAUGGAUUGUGAAUGGUUGAUGCAACUGUUUAAGGACAUCGGAGUUUCUGUGAAAUGUCCUGUACAAGUGUAUCAAGACAAUAGAUCGUGUUUGGCUUUGCUGAACUCGGAGAGUUGCAAGCAAAGGACCAAGUACUUGCAGAUUAAGCUACAUCGUGCAAGGGAGUGUAUUCAGAAAGGACUCAUUCAGGUGUCCUACAUGCCAGGAAAUGAAAUUCCUGCUGAUCUGUUGUCUAAGGUUGUUAACAGAGAACAACUUAAGGUUUACGUACAAAGGUUGCAAUUGGGUUGAACCACAGGUACUACAGGUUACACGGAAAGGGGAGGAUGUUAGGAUAUUUCCGUUCCACCUUAAAAGGGAGCAGGCUUUGUGAGUCAGAGUCUGCGUAUUUCCUGUUCACAGGAUGUUUAUGUUUUCUGUUGCUUUCGUUUUCUCUCUGUGUCGCAGACACUAAAGCAGUCAGUCAUGUUUUUCUGUGUUCUGAUCAACGCUGAAUAAACUUGUAAAUAAUGCUCUCCUGAGUGCAACUUUUGCUGUGCAUUAUCUGCUGAUAGAGCGUGCAUGAGCUCUAGAAUGUGGCAAGAUAUUUUCUAGAAACUCAUGUCGCUGCGUGCCUACGGGAGGUCGAUGGAUCGUCCGGCAGACGGCUUGGGGGCCUUGAUGGACUUUAUCUCCCUGGCAGUAUCCCAACAGUGCAGUUGAAAUUCCACCCACAGCCCAGUCAGUAGCAGGGGCAUAGGAAGAGGGGUGUGGUCUGCCCUGGGUGCCAUCAUGGGGGGGGGGUGUAACAAAAUGCCGGCUGAACUCGAUGCUGCCUGUGUAGUGGAACCGAGCGGGGUUGAGUUUCACCGCGACACCGACGCAUCCCCUUCCCACUUCUGUGGCCGGGUGCAUGCGCGGUUGGCCAGACCCCGCUCUCCCUGCCCGUCCAUGUCCCACCCUCGCUUGGGUGCUGUGUGUGUGUCUGUGUGGUCGCAGUCGAAGCUGCAGUGGCGUAGCGUGGGGGUGCAGGGGGGGCUGGCCGCACCGGGCGCAACAUCUGGGGGGGGCGCGGAAGAGACUCGAGUGCUAAAAUCCACGGGUUAGGGGGUGCAAAUUACUUGCCUUGCCCCGGGUGCUGACAACCCACGCUACGCCACUGCGAAGCUGUGCUGCUCACGGGGCAAGGCAGAGUCCUUCUGAAGGCGGCCCUGUUUAGGGAAGUUUUUAAUGUCUGAGGCUGUAUUAUUUUUAAUAUUCAGUUGGAAGCUGCCCAGAGUGGCUGGGGUAUAAAUAAUAAAUAUAUUAUUAUUAUUAUUCGUCAGUGGAGACAUUUGAGAACCAAGGUACCACUGUACCACUUAGACUGUACUGUAGCACUGUACAGUGGUACCUCAGGUUAAGUACAUAAUUUGUUCCAGAGGUCCGUACUUAACCUGAAACUGUUCUUAACCUGAAGCACCACUUUAGCUAAAUGGGCCUCCCGCUGCCGCCGCACCGCCGGAGCACGAUUUCUGUUCUCAUCCUGAAGCAAAGUUCUUAACCUGAAGCCUUAUUUCUGGGUUAGCGGAGUCUGUAACCUGAAGCGUAUGUAAGCAGAGGUACCACUGCAAUACUUUUUGGGGUGAUAGAAUGCAAAUUUUGGUACGGUUCUUUAAAAUAAAAAUUAAAAACCCUCUCUCGGAAUACUGCCUGGACUUAGGAACGAAUGAACACGUGUUCGCCUAACAUGGAUCGAUCCAUCUGUCCUUAGAGAGGAGGAAAACUGAAAUGCAGGAACUGAUGAGGAAUUGCCAGCCAAAUCUUCAGCCGGCAGAGGACUCUCUCUUCGCGAGAUGCAUCUGUAUUCCCAAGCCCAAAGCUGGCUGGCGUGGAAGACUCUAGCUGCCCACGUGUUCCCCACUCGCCGCCUUGGUGGCAGUGUCACCUGCCUUUGUUUAUCCCUUGAAACGGGAUUCCUGAGUCACCCCAGGCCUGCUGAGUCAGCCCAAGCCCACACACCAGGCCGAACAGAUGAGUUUUCACCCACAGCUCAGUCCUGCUGCCUCGUGGGCUCUGGGUGGGGUGGUUUGGGGAGGCUGUCGAAAACCACCCUGAUAAAGAAGACAGGUACAUCUGUUCCGGGAGCUUGAAGAUGCGGCGAGCAGAAAGCUCCGUAUGAGGAGGAACUUUACUCAUGCACCGUCUCCAUGGCGACGUCUCCCCCAAAAUCCUCUAAGUCGGGAGCAAGAGGCUGUGUGGGUGGCUGGCUGCCCCUGCAGACGUUUCCGGCACUCGCUAGCUGUGGAAUCGUACUGCGUUAAUAGGUUAGCCUCCGCGCAUGCACACACAGGAGAACGCCCAAUUUCUUACAGAGGGAGAAUUGUUACCUUGGUUCAGCAUCAAGAGAUAAACCGGCCGGGGGGGGGGGGAGAGAUGUUGCCAUCCUCGGAUGCCGUUGUCAAAAGCAGCAUUCUCCCAAAAGGCGGGGUUGAAAGGAAGGCCUUGUAAUAAACAAAAAAUCUGCCCUUGUUCCCUUAUGGGGGAUACAAGAGCCCUUAUAGAGUCCUUUGUAGGUUCUCCAUCAGUCGGAGAAAAUGACAGAGGCCAACCAGAGAAUAUUGAGAAGCAAAGCAGCUCGUAAGCCUGAUCUUUAUUGAUCUGUUGCAACAGGGUGCUCCCCUCACACGCAGGAAAGGAGAAGGACCCAGAACCAAGGUGGCACGCAAGGCUUUAUAUAGACAUUUGAAAUUCCCUGCCCUGGAGCUCAUGACCACCCCUUCGUACAUCAUACAUACGUCACAGAAGGGGUGUAACCCAAGACCACCCCCCACAAACGUCAUUUGUUGUUGUUGUUUAGUCGUGUCUGACUCUUCGUGACCCCCUGGACCAGAGCACACCAGGCACUACUGUCUUCCACUGCCUCCCGCAGUUUGGUCAAACUCAUGCUGGUAGCUUCAAGAACACUGUCCAACCAUCUCGUCCUCUGUCGUCCCAUUCUCCUUGGGCCCUCCAUCUUUCCCAACAUCAGGGUCUUUUCCAGGGAGUCUUCUCUUCUCAUGAGGUGGCCAAAGUCUUGGAGCCUCAGCUUCAGGAUCUGUCCUUCCAGUGAGCACCCAGGGCUGAUUUCCUUCAGAAUGGAUGGGUUUGAUCUUCUUGCAGUCCAUGGGACUCUCAAGAGUCUCCUCCAGCACCAGAAUUCAAAAGCAUCCAUUCUUCGGCGAUCAGCCUUCUUUAUGGUCCAGCUCUCACUUCCAUACAUCACUACUGGGAAAACCAGAGCUUUAAUUAUAUGGACCUUUGUGAGCAAACCAGUGAUUUUUUAGGGAGCAGGCUAGCAGGCGGGGCCCAUGACUUACAUCAUAGGAGCCUACACAACACAAAAUGCUGUUGCUGUAUGUAGGUUUGGUUUUAUUUGUUUUUUAUCUUAUAUUUUGGAAAUGUACAUAACCUUAAAAUUCUUAUAACAGUGUAGCAGUGGGCACCCUGUUGCAACUGUUAAUAAAGAUCAGGCUUAUAGCUGCUUUGCUUUUGUAUAUCCUGGUCUGGUCUCUGUUCAUUUCCUGACAGGUUUGAGCCUUAAAAGGUACGCUCUCUCCGAAGGUCCAGUCUUCCAAAAUAAGCUGAACCCCUUGAAGGGACCCCUCAAUAUUCUUGUUUCAUAAUUAUUAUUUCCCCGCCCUCCAAAUGGGAAAAUAACAAUUGCCAGUAAUAAAGGGGGGGGGGACACAAUAAUUUGUGCCCUUCUCUGCCCUGCUCAGGCCACCCAGCUCACGAUCUCUCUUUUAACUCUUCCAGGUGGUGGAAAACCCUACAAUGGCCGACCAGUUUGCCAAACGGGUGUCAGCCCUGAAGGAGAAGGUGCACUUCCGUUCCGUGCUGUUCUCGUGCCACGUCCGCAAGGUGAGCAGCUGGCAGAAGCAGAGGCUGCUCCUCUGUCGCUCCCUCCUGACUCAACGCAGAGCAUCAAAUGCACCGCUGAGCUAAAUUGUGUUGAGAGCAAUUUCCUUUCAAAUCUCAGGGCGUUUCGUACUGCUAAUUCAGGUGUGUUGGGGACUUGGCAAAACCACCAGCUCUGUUUUCCCCUCCUGCCUUUCUGGUGGGUCAGUGAUCCAGGUGCCAUAAUAAAGCUGCAGAGAUAGCACAGGAUAGUGCGCACCCCAGAAAUAAUCUCUUUCAGCUUCUGCCUUCUGGAAGAAGAUACAGGGUUAUAAAGACUAGGACCAGCCGCCUGAGAAACAGUUUCUAUCCAAAUGCAAUUUUGGUUUUAAACGCAGUCUCUAAGGGACAUGGGUGGCGCUGUGGGUUAAACCACAGAGCCUAGGACUUGCCAAUCAGAAGGUCGGCGGUUCGAAUCCCCGUGACAGGGUGAGCUCCUGUUGCUCGGUCCCUGCUCCUGCCAACCUAGCAGUUCGAAAGCACGUCAAAGUGCAAGUAGAUAAAUAAGUACCGCUCCGGCAAGAAGGUAAACGGCGUUUCCAUGCGCUGCUCUGGUUUCGCCAGAAGCGGCUUAGUUAUGUUGGCCACAUGACCCAGAAAAGCUGUUUGUGGACAAACGUGGGCUCCCUCGGCCAGUAAAGCGAGAUGAGCGCCGCAACCCCAGAGUCGUCUGUGACUGGACCUAACGGUCAGGGAUCCCUUUUUAAGGUGCUAAAGGUAAAGGUAAAGGGACCCCUGACCAUUAGGUCCAGUCGCAGAUGACUCCGGGGUUGCGGCGCUCAUCUGGCUUUAUUGGCCGAGGGAGCCGGAGUACAGCUUCCGGGUCAUGUGGGUGCUCUUGCCCAGUGUAUCGUUACUGAUGAUGUUCUCUCCUUGCAGAUCAACCGCUGUAACAAGAGCACAGACAGAGCCAUCCUCAUCACAGACCAGCACCUAUACAAGUUGGAACCAAGGAAACAGUACAAAGUGAUGAAAUCGAUUCCUCUGAGCAUGGUAAGAGGGACCUCUCCUGGCAAUGGGCUCGGGGAGGUGGUAUGGUGAGGUGCUUUCGUGGUAGUUGAGGUGGUAACGUUUCACAAGGCUGUCACUGUUUCUGCAAACAUCUUCUGCAACAUGCCAUCGGCACAACUAUAGCGGUGGAUUUUUAUAAGGUGGUCCCAUCUGUUGGGAUGCUGCUAAGGAAUCGGGGGCAAUUGGCAAGCCCCCAGCUGGCUCCAGCCCACUGGCCAACAUGCCAGUCGAACUCCAGUCCUUGGUGCAGCGUGAAUCUGUGACCCAGAGCUUCAGAAUCUGGGCACGCAACUCAGCAGAGUAAACGCACAACAGAAGUGGCAGGGAGAGGCUGUGUAAAGCAUAUUCACAAGCAGUUGAUUCAGCGCACAUUAGGACAAGAGGAAAAACAUGUCUUCUCCCCUUUGUGUCCAAGCAAGCAGCAUAAGCAAAAGCUAUACACACAAACGGAAGUUCCCAGCAAGCUGUGCUGGAGUGUAAACAGACAUGGUGUAAGUCCACCGAGAAGGAGUUGCUGUGGUCAUUAGGCCUGGCGAAGUCUAUGGAGAUCGUGUUUUUACUAACAGAGUUAACUCCAACUUUGAACUGUGUGAACUGGCCUUCUCGGUAGUGGCGCCCACCCUGCGGAACGCCCUCCCAUCAGAUGUCAAGGAAAUAAACAACUAUCUGACUUUUAGAAAACAUCCGAAGGCAGCCCAGUUUAGGGAAGUUUUUCAUGUUUGAUGUUCUAUUGUGCUUUUAAUAUUCUGUUGGGAGCUGCCCAGAGUGGCUGGGGAAACUCAGCCAGAUGGGCGGGGUAUAGAUAAUAAAUUCUGAGGUUGAAGAGGCAAUAUUCUGGUCUUUUGGACACGGCCCUCAUCAAUCCAGCUGGCCAGACUUGCAAUAGUCUCUCUGGUACCCGUCUGGUUGUUAAGUUUAGACCUUGUUUCGUCCUUGCCUUGGCCGCCUAGUUUCCACUUGGAGGGGAGGCGCUGAAACCUUUUUGCGAUUUGUCUCUCUCGACAGGUGACCGGGAUGAGCGUGACCAGCGGCGUGGAUCAGCUGGUCGUCUUCCACACCCAGAACCACGACGGCCUGGUGGUCUGCCUCCACAAAAUGAAGCCGGAAAACGAUGGCCGUGUCGGGGAGUUGGUUGGCGUGAUGGUGGACCACUUCAGAAGGUGGGUGGCUUUUAAAGCAAAAUAAAUAAAUAAAAUGGUGUUGAUUGAUUGCAGCACGGAGUCAGAAUACAGCUGCGGUCGCAUCUGCACCUUCUGCUGAAAGUACAACCCUGGGAACUGUACAGGUGAAACUCGGAAAAUGAGAAUAUCGUGGGAAAGUUCAUUUAUUUCAGCAAUUCAACUUAAAAGGUGAAACAAAUAUAUGAUAUAGACUCAUGACACGCAAAGCGAGAUAUGUCAAGCCUUUAUUUGUUAUAAUUGUGAUGAUCAUGGCGUACAGCUGAUGAAAACCCCAAAUUAACAAUCUCAGAAAAUUAGAACAUUAAAUGAAACCAGCAAAACAAGGACUCCAAAUAGAGCAAUAUUUCGUCGUUUAGUCGUGUCUGCCUCUUUGUGACCCCCUGGACCAGAGCACGCCAGGCCCUCCUGUCUUCCACUGCCUCCCGCAGUUUGGUCAAACUCAUGUUGGUAGCUUCAAGAACACUGUCCCACCAUCUCGUCCUCUGGCGUCCCCUUCUCCUUGUGCCCUCCAUCUUUCCCAACAUCAGGGUCUUUUCCAGGGAGUCUUCUCUUCUCAUGAGGUGGCCAAAGUCUUGGAGCCUCAGCUUCAGGAUCUGUCCUUCCAGUGAGCACUUGGGGCUGAUUUCCUUAAGAAUGGAGAGGUUUGAUCUUCCUGCAGUCCAUGGGACUCUUAAGAGUCUCCUCCAGCACCAGAAAUCAAAAAGGAUCCUUCAUGGAUCACUGCCUUGCCGUGGCGAAGGGGCUUGAAUAACUCAGAGAAGCUAUGAACUAUGCCAAGCAGGGCCACCCAAGAUGGACAGGUCAUAGUGGAGAGUUUUCACCAAAUGUGAUCCACCUGGAGCAGGAACCAGCAAGCCACUCCAGUAUCCCUGCCAAGAAAACUCCAUGGACAAAGACAACAGGCUUCUGAUAGGCCCCCUUGAAUGACAAUCAGUGCCUGCACCAAUGGGGGACACUGUCUAAAGCCAUCCCCAUCCCAUUAAUCCCCCUUAUUAAGCCAUUGUGCAAAGGCACUCGGGCCUCUUUCUUUCUUUUUCUUCAAAACUUUUUAUUGAUUUUCCAAGUUUAUAACAAACAUAAACGACAAAAAAGAAAAAAACAUUACAAUAUAAAAAACAAACAAGCAUACAAACAUUAAUCCUAUCUAUUAUAAUCCCAUUUUUGUUACCAUUGUUAGAUGACUUCCUCAAAUCCCUCUAGCUGAGUUUCCUUAUGGCUCUUUGUAGCAGUUUUCCAAGACUAAUUUCCAAUGAAAUUAACUUAGUCAAUUAACAUCUUCCUUUCUUAUCAUAUUCACUUCUAUCCAUAGUAUUAUGCAAUUCGGAACUUUUAAUUCCUAAGCCAAUUUGGUACUCACAAAUAGUGCUACUUAUAUUAUCUUAGAAUAUUUUACUAAAUAAUCCAUUCUUCUUGGUACUUCUCCUCUUUCUGUUCGCGGAUUCUUCCGGUCAGGUUGGGCAGCUCCAAAAAGUCCAUCACCUUCAUCUGCCAUUCCUCCACUGUUGGUAUUUCUUGUGGUUUCCAAUAUUUGGCUAACAAAAUUCUUGCUGCAGUUGUGGCGUACAAAAGGCACGGGGGUCUCUUUCACCCUCCAGCUGUCUGUGGCGCGAACCACAAUCCUGUGUCCUUGAUAGAUGGCCCCCCCUCCCCGUCGGCGGUGGGAUUAGAGAGAGCCGCUCUUGACCCAGUGACCCCCGGGGCACCCUAACGCAGAUCUGAAGAUGGAGGAGGCUCAGUCUGAGCUGGGAUUAGGAGUGGCGGUAGGGCUGACCCUGCCACACACCCAGAGCCCCUUCUCUGGGCUCGCACAUCGAUUCCCGAACGGGGGUCCGAGAGCAGGCUUCUGAGCACACCAGAAGUAUGCCUGGCACCAUGACUUCGCUUUGGGGGUAUGCACAUUAAUGAAGUACAGUAUUUUUUGCUCUAUAGGACUCACUUUUCCCCUCCUAAAAAGUAAGGGGAAAUGUGCGUGCGUCGUAUGGAGUGAAUGCAGGCUGCGCAGCUAUCCCAGAAGCCAGAACAGCAAGAGGGAUUGCUGCUUUCACUGCGCAGCGAUCCCUCUUGCUGUUCUGGCUUCUGAGAUUCAGAAUAUUUUUUUUCUUGUUUUCCUCCUCCAAAAACUAGGUGUGUCUUGUGGUUUGGUGCGUCUUAUAGAGCGAAAAAUACGUAAUGGAGACAAAAAAAUGAGAAAGUUGGAGGGCAACAGAAUGCGUAAAGGUAAAGGUAAAGGGACCCCUGACCAUUAGGUCCAGUCGCGGACGACUCUGGGGUUGCGGCGCUCAUCUCGCUUUAUUGGCCGAGGGAGCCGGCGUACAGCUUCCGGGUCAUGUGGCCAGCAUGACCAAGCCGCUUCUGGCGAACCAGAUCAGCGCACGGAAACGCCGUUUACCUUCCCGCCGGAGCGGUACCUAUUUAUCUACUUGGACUUUGAUGUGCUUUCGAACUGCUAGGUUGGCAAGAGCAGGGACCGAGCAACGGGAGCUUACCCCAUCGCAGGGAUUCGAACAGCCGACCUUCUAAUUGGCAAGCCCUAGGCUCUGUGGUUUAACCCACAGCGCCACCCGCGUUCCUGCCUUGUAAAAACAGUGGGGAAAACAGGUGUUCUGCCCCUGAGCCUCAGCGCUUCCCUCAAAUAAGUGAUGCUGCCUUAUUACCAACUAUCUCAGUAUUGCCUACACUGGCCGGCAGCAGCUGUGCAUGGAUUUUAGGGGAAGGGACAUUCUCAGGUGCUGAGAUUGCAUCUAUGUGCUCUGCCCCCGAGCCACCUCCCUUGCCUUUAGGGCUGAGCUUCAUUUCAAUAGAGCAUGAACCUCUUAAUCUCAGGGUCGUGGGUUUGAUCCCCACGUUGGGCAAAAUAAGAAUAAUAAUAUAAUUUAUUAUUUAUUCCCCAGCCACUCUGGGCGGCUUCCAACCGAAUAUUAAAAACAAUACAGCGUCAGACAUUAAAAUUUUCCCUUAACAGGGCCGCCUUCAGUUGUCUUUUAAAAGUAAAAUACAGUGGUACCUCAGGUUACAUACGCUUCAGGUUACAGAUUCCAUUAACCCAGAAAUAGUGCUUCAGGUUAAGAACUUUGCUUCAGGAUGAGAACAGAAAUCGUGCUCCGGUGGCGCGGUGGCAGUGGGAGGCCCCAUUAGCUAAAGUGGUGCUUCAGGUUAAGAACAGUUUCAGGUUAAGUACGGACCUCCGGAACGAAUUAAGUACUUAACCCGAGGUACCACUGUAAAAUAGUUGUUUAUUUCCUUGACAUCUGACGGAAGGGCGUUCCACAGGGCGGGUGCCACCACCGAGAAGGCCCUCUGCCCUGGUUCCCUGUAACUUCGCUUCUCGCAGUGAGGGAACCGCCAGAAGGCCCUCGGAGCGGGACCUCAGUGUCCAGGCUGGAUUCCUGCAUUGCAGAGGGUUGAGCUGGAUGACCCUGGCAGCCCCUUUGGACUCAGUAGAACACAAACCUCUUAAUCCCAAGGUCAUGGGUUCAACCCCCACGUGGGGCAAAAUAAUAAUAAUAAUAAUAAUAAUAAUAAUAAUAAACAACAACAACAACCCCUGUGGGCUCCUCUACGAUUCCAUGAUUUUGAGGACCUUUCAGGGCCCUGGAGCAGCGUGAUUUGUAACCACGAAGAACUCCAAUAAUCAACCACCCGUAUUGGCAGAGAGAGGGGAAGGGAAGCCGGGUGAAUGCAAGCCUGGGUCCUUCGCCGUUGCAGCAGGUGACAGAUGGGAUCCUUCUCUGGGAAACCCCCCAUCCUUGCAGGGUCGAGCCAUUGCCAUCUGUUGCGGCAGCUGCAGGCACGCGCCGGGACACUGACCAGGUGCAGGAGAAGAAAGGAGCGAUGGGGAAAGGGGAGGGAGGGCUGGAAGGAAGGAAAGGGGACUUGACUGUUUGCUGUGCGUCUCCCCGGAGCUUCACAAAGGGGAUUGCGAGAAAUUACUGCACAGGGCUGGCAGGUUGGCAGCGAUGGACUGCAAGGCAGCUGUCAGGGCUGGGCUGGAUUACCAGUGGAUUUCUGGCUUGGUCUACACAUCCGAAGGCAGCAACACUGAGACACCAGUUGCUGGAAAACGCAGCAGGUUGAGAGGGCUCUUGCGUUCGAAUCUUGCUUGCGGUUUCCCAUGAGGGGCAUCCGGUUGGCCACUGUGAAAAGGCUGGACUCGAUGGACCGCCUUUGGCCUGAACCGGCCUCCUGCUCUUGUGUUCUGAUGUGGAUGUGCACAGCAGAUUUGAAAGUGGGGCAUCUUGUUUAUAUACCUCAUCCCUACUACGGAACUGUGGCCCUUCUCUAACUACCAUAUUUUUUGCUCUAUAAGAUGCACCAGACCACAAGACGCACCUACUGUAUUUUUCGCCCUAUAGGGCACACUGGCCCAUAGGACGCACCUCAUUUUUUUUGGGGGGGGGGAUGAAUAAAAAAAAUUUAUUUCCCCCCCAGCCACGGGGCUGGGGCAGGGGAAGCCCGAGCUUCCCCCGACCCCAGCCCUCAGAACAGGCUGCUAUCCGCAAGCCUUGUGAGCCCGGCAGCAACUCCCGCUGGGCUCGCAAGGCUUGCGAACACCUGCGCGAAGCACAGGGCGCACUCCGGAGGGCGCCCCAUGCUUCAGGCUGCAGGCUGCUGCCUGCAAGCCUUGCGAGCCCGCGGGAACUCCCACCGGGCUUGCAAGGCUUGCGGAUAGCUUCUUGAAGCCUGGAGAGCGAGAGGGAUCGGUGCGCACCGACCCCUCUCACUCUCCAGGCUUCAGCGAAAGCCUGCAUUCGCCCCAUAGGACGCACACACAUUUCCCCUUCAUUUUUGGAGGGGAAAAAGUGCGUCCUAUAGGGUGAAAAAUACGGUAGUUUUUGGAAGAGGAAAACAAGGAAAAAAAUAUUCUGAAUCUCAGAAGCCAGAACAGCAAGAGGGAUCGCUGCGCAGUGAAAGCAGCAAUCCCUCUUGCUGUUCUGGCUUCUGGGAUAGCUGCGCAGCCUGCAUUCGCUCCAUAAGAUGCACACACAUUUCCCCUUUUUAGGAGGGAAAAAGUGAGUCUUAUAGAGCACAAAAUACGGUAUAUCGAUUCUUUUGUUCCCUCGAAGCCUGCUUUCCCCUCCAUUCUUAUGAAUCAUGACAACAGCAGUUCUUUUUUUAAAUAAUUUUUAUUAGUUUUUCAACAUAUCAUUUUCAACAAUAACUAAACAUACUUUCAUAUCUCAUACAAUUUUUUUUACUUCCAUCCAUCACAUCUGAAAUUUUUCCAAUCUACUAACUUAAUAUACAUUCCUUACUUCCACUAUUAAAUUUAAAUCUCAUAACUAAUAUCUCUGUUCUUUCUCUACAUUGCAAUGUUUCAUACAUUUCUCCUUACAAAACUUCUUGUAGUCCUACUAGCGUAAUUUGUUGAUUACAGUUGCUCUUCAAAUAAUUCAUAUAUUUCUUCCAGUCUUCUGUGAAUCUCUGGUCCCGCAGGUUUCGAAUCCUUCCUGUCAUUUUAUCUAAUUCUGCGUAGUUCAUUAAUUUUGUCUGCCAUUCUUCUUUCGUCAGAAGGCAACAGCAGUUCUUUGCCAGAGAUGCCUGAGCUGAUCUCUCUCUCCGCGUUAAAGCCUUUAGCCCAGAGCUUUCCAAACUGUGUGUCGUGACGCAUGUGCCGGCGGCAGUGUGCAAGUGUGUCCCCUCGUGCUCCUCCUGGGGGUGGAAAGGGGUUAGUUUGACACGGGGGCAAAUAGAAGAAGACGCCUUCACCUUGGGAUGGUGGUUCCCUUUUACCGCCGUCCCUCAGACCAUGUGGGGAAACGGACUAUAUUUUGAAGGGGGGGGGGGAAAUCAACAAAUUCCUAUGCCCCACAAAUAACCCAGAGAUGCAUUUUAAAUAAAAGGGCACAUUCUACUCAUGUAAAAACACGCUGAUUCCUGGAACGUCUGAGGGCCGGAUUGAGAAAGCGAUUGGGCCACAUCCGGCCCCCGGGACUUAGGUUGCCUACCCCUGUCAUUGAAGGCUUCUCAGCAGAGGUUGGACAGCCAUCUGUCAGGGUUAUAGUUGACCCUUGGGGUCCCUGCAAGCUCUACAUUUCUACAAUUCUGUGCUUCAUGGACCUGAAGUCUGUGAUCUCCAGCCACCCUUCCCAAAGGAAAAAAAAAGAGGUCUUUGGAGGAGGAGCUGGCCAUGGUACUGAAUCGUCUUAUUUUUCUUCUUUGGCGAUCCCUUGUGACUGAGUAAGAUUGCCUUCCAUGAACAUGGUUUUAACAGUGAGUCCGUGAGUGACUGUGGAGGCCAGUUCUGGAUCCACACGUCCUUCAACACUGGGGAUAUUAGUUUCCAGGCGGGAGUUGAUCACGGUGUGGAUUUGCCAAGCGUGCCUUCCUCUUAGCACGUUUCUCCCUUGCGUCCUGAGUUCGAGUGUCUUCAAAGCCCAUGACACCUUUGGUAAAGGCUGUUCUCCAACUGGAGCGCUCGCAGGCCAGUGUUUUCCAAUUGUUGGUGUUUAUACUACUUUUUUUAGAUUUGCCUUGAGAGAGUCUUUAAAUCUCUUUUGUUGACCACCAACAUUACGCUUUCCAUUUUUAAGUUGGGAAUAGAGUAGUUGCUUUGGAAGACGAUCAUCAGGCAUCCGCACAACAUGACCAGUCCAACGAAGUUGAAGAAUCAUCUCUUUGACACUGGUGAUCUUUGCUUCUUCCAGUACACUGGCAUUAGUUCGCCUGUCUUCCCAAGUGAUGUGUAAAAAUUUUCGGAGACACUCGCUGGCACUGAAUAGCAAAGUCCUGACCAACAUACAUAGGAUGUUGUGUUAUAACAAGUCAGACCACUGGUCUUUCUUGUCAACUCCUAUGGUUUCCAAACUUUUUCGGCCCACUGCCCUUUGGUUCCACAAACUCAUCCCUAGUGCUCACUCUAAAAAGCCUUAUUCAGAACAGUGGCUUGCGUGACCCACUAUGGAAGAUAAAGGUAAAGGGACCCCUGACCAUUAGGUCCAGUCGUGGUCGACUCUGGGGUUGGGGCGCUCAUCUCGCUUUACUGGCCGAGGGAGCCUGCAUACAGCUUCCGGGUCAUGUGGCCAGCAUGACUAAGCCACUUCUGGCGAACCAGAGCAGCGCACGAAAACGCCGUUUACCUUCCCGCCGGAGAGGUACCUAUUGAUCUACUUGCACUUUGACGUGCUUUUGAACUGCUAGGUUGGCAGGAGCAGGGACCGAGAAACAGCUCACCCCGUCAUGGGGAUUCGAACCGUCAGCCUUCUGAUCGGCUAGUCCUACAAGGCGUCCCUGCCUUGUAAAAACAGUGGAAAAAACAGGUGUUCUGCCCCUGAGCCGCAUGGAAGAGCACUUUGACGUACUUGCACUUUGACGUGCUUUCAAACUGCUAGGUUGGCAGGAGCAGGGACCGAGCAAUGGGAGCUCACCCCGUUGCGGGGAUUCGAACCGCCGACCUUCUGAUCGGUAAGUCCUAGGCUCUGUGGUUUAACCCACAGCGCCACCCACGUCCCCACUAUGGAAGAUAGCAACACAAUAAAAUUCAAAACAGUAGCAAUUAAUUGCAUGCUUAUUCAAAAUCCAAUUAAAACUAUUUAGCUUAAUUAAUUCCACAAAACUGAUGAACUGCAUGUCCGAGAUCUGCCUUUUCCUGAGCCGAGCUCAUGCUCGCGUCGACAGAAGGCCUCCAGAGAUAGUGGCAGGUCCCCAGAUGAAGUGGACAUCACACUUUGUCACGUGCUAGAGCAGCCUCUUUAUCUGUAAGGCCAGAAGCUCCUGUGUGUAUUUUUAAUUAUGGCUGGGAAUAAAUAGUGCAUAAUUAACGCAAGCCGCAUGAAAUUUGUGCGAGGAGGCUGGACGUGUCACACUUCCCCCUGCGAUGCUGUUUUGCGCCGUUUCCAAGUGCGAGACGCGAAGCGACAGCUCUCUGGAAUGCGAUCACCUGUUAGCGGAGUCUUUAAUUUGCACUUUUUAAGAUUUGGCAGCAGAAAACUUGUCCUGACAAAAUGAAGGGGCUGCUGUCAAGGAGGGAAUUGCCCCCAUCUGUGGGGCAUGAAGCUCAUGCCCAUGUAUUAUUUUUUACUUAUAAGAUUCCUUCGCCAUAAGGGGCAAGGGCGGGUUACAGCAGCACACAGAGAAUCGUCGACAUGGAAGGGACACCAAAGGACAUCUAGUCCAACCCUGGCAAUGCAGGAAUCACAACCACUGACAGGUGGUCACCCAACCUCUGCUUAGAAACCUCCAAGGAAGAAGAGCCCAUCGCCUUCUGAGGCAGUCUGCUCCGCAACCAAGCAGGUCUUACUGUCAGAAAAUUAUUCUUUUUUUAAAAAAAAAAUCAUUUUUAUUUGAUUUUUCUAAUACAAAGUUAUAAAAAUCCAAAUGCAACUGUUCUUAACCUGAGGUACCACUUGAGUUAAUGGGUCCUCCCUCUACCACCGCACGAUUUCUGUUCUCAUCCUGAAGCAAAGUUCUUAACCCGAGGUUCUAUUUCUGGGUUAGCGGAGCCUGUAACCUGAAGCUUCUGUAACCCGAGGUACCACUGUACAGAGAUUUAUCGGAAUCUCAGGACUUUCCCCCACCACUUCCCCAGAGUCCUGAUUUAAAUAUUUAAAACUGCAUCUUCUUCCAAACUCAAACUUUUAUGUCCAUCCAUAUUGUCCGUGGUAAUUGUUACACUACACGCGAAAUCAAAAUCCUGCCAAUGUUUCAAUCUACUAACAGUGGUCUCUUAAAUGACUUAGAAAUUUUCCCCAUUCUUCUGUCAAGUUUUUGUCCUCUUGGUUCCAGAGUUUUCCAGUCAGCUUUGCCAUUUUGGCAUAGUCCAUCAUCUUGGCUUGCCAUUCCUCUGAUAGGGAGUCUUUCUUCUUUCCAUCUCUGGGCUUGUAGCAUCCAUGUGGCUGUUGUUCCAUACAUAAAAAGUCUUUUCUGGACCUUUGGAAUGUCUAUACCUGUAAUUCCUAAUAAAAAAGCUUCUGGUUUUUUUAAUCACAUUUUUUCCAUUUCAUUAUAUAUCAUCUCCCAGAAGGCUUUUACCACCUUACAGGUCCACCACGUACGUAAAACGGUACUUUCUUUUUCUUACAUUUUCAGCAGGUAUUUGUACGUGUCUGUCAGAGCUGGCUCCAGGUCCCAGCUCACAGAGGACCAACGCUAGCCGGCAGUAAUGUACAAAAGUCUUUAUUGAAGUACAGUUUCCAUUUUCAAGCCGCAGCGCCCCAGCUCUACGUCUAGGGGUUAGAUCGGCGAAGCUCCAUCUGAGUCUCCGCCCCUGUACACCAGUUUAAGAUUCUAGCCUUACUCCACCUCUUACGUCUCUCCUUUCUCCUCUGGGUCCUGCUACCCCCCGGGGUCCCUUCCUUCCUGGAUUCUUCUGACGCUGACCCCCUGACUCCUCCCCUCUUUUCGGCGGGCUUUGGGACCUGGCUCCCUAUCCGGGCUGCCAACUGCGCCGCCCUCCUGUACAUUUGAACUUGGCGCGCGCGCCAGCCUUCAACCUUCCUCUCGACCGUUCCUCGCUCCCCGAUGGAGGCGUGGCCAAUCCUGACUCAUGUCCUCCCACUGGCAGUGCGCCGCCUGAGUCCCGAUGCCUGGGACCCCUCCCCCUACUGCACUCUGGUGUGGACGCUGGUCCUGAUUUCCAACUGCUGCUCUCUGAGUCCCCUCUGGCCCCUUCUUCCUGGGGUGUCCCCUCGGCACCCCCUUGCUCUGACCAAGGGAGCCCCUUUCUGUGAAUCUUCCGAUUCGCUGGAAAGACUCAGAGACCUCGGACCGCUGUCAUCGCUAACAUUUCCUUCGGACUCCUCCCCCUCGCUCUCUAUUUCCUCCCUUUCCUGUGCCUCUGCUCCUGAACCCCUGACAGUGUCCUAUACAUGUUUGCCAAGUCUGUAGGAGUCAAAUACCACUGGUACAUCAUUUUCAUAUAAUUCUCUUUCAAAAUAUCAAUGCCGUGAACUUCAGGUCUGUUUUCCAUAACUUUUCCCAAUCUGCCAUCUGAAUAUUAUGUCCCAGAUCCCUUGCCCAGUGUAUCAUUACUGACUUGAUCUGUUCAUCCUUUGUACAGAAAUUUUUCUUAAUGUGUAUUCAGGAAUCUCCUUUCUCGCCAUUUGAAUUCAUCGAUUGGGGUCCUACUAGGGCUGUCUUUAGCAUAUGCGCUGCCAGGGUACAAAGAUCCGUCCAGUGGUCCCUCCCAAUUUAGUUUAGCCCCCAAAUUAACUUUUAUUAUCCUUAUGUCAGACACCACGCUUACGCCUUAUCUCUUGUUUACGAAAGAAGGGAGGAGAAAGAAAGAAAUGUUUUAAUUUGUAUUUACAAUACAAUUAUACUGACAAGCGCUGCCGUUGUAAAUGACAAGUGCCACCGCUAAUGUGGUGUGCCUUUGGUAAAUGAGCACACAGAGUCGAAAGUCCUUUAGUGAAACAGUAGGUAAACAUUUCAGUAAUACCUAGGUAUAUAUGUAUUUUGUUUUUCUAGCUUGACCAAAAUUAUUUAUUAUUUCAUAACAGGUAGAUACAGUCAUACAUACUUCAGGGUGCGUUUUUUCGGGUUACAGAUGCGCCGAAACCUGGAAGUACAGGAACGGGUUACUUCCAGGUUUCGGUGGUUGCGCAUGUGCAGAAGUGCUAAAUAGCGCUUUGCAUAUGCGCAGAAGCGCCGAAUCACAACCCGCGCAUGCGCAGAUGCGACGCUGCAGGUUGCGAACGUGCCUCCCGCAUGGAUCACGUUCAUAACCCAAGCGUCCACUGUAGUUAAGAACUUAGGCGGCUUCAACGGUGGGUGCCUGGCGCCCCCCAGAAUUCGGCGCCCGGGUGCCCCGCACCCCUUGCACCCCCGGGUAAAGACGGCCCUGGGUCCUACCCUCUGGAGCAGAAGAAACAAGCUUGCUCCAUCUUCCAUGUGAGAGCCCUUUAGUUAUUCGAAGACGGCUAAGCUUUUCUCCCUCUUCCUCAAAGCUGGAACGUGUGAACAUCCCCUGAAGUUGACUCUUGGAAGAUUCAGGACAGAGAAAAGAUAGGCAUUCUUUGCACAGUUAGACUAUGGAACUCCCUGCCACAUGAGGCAUUGAUGGCCGCCAACCCGAAUGGGUUUAAAAGCGGAAAUCCGUGGAAGAAAAGGCUAUCAGUGGCUGCUAGUCAUGGUUGCCCCAUUCUGUCUGGAGAGCCAGUGUGGUGUAGUGGUUAAGAGCGGUAGUCUCGUAAUCUGGGGAACCGGGUUCGCGUCUCCGCUCCUCCACAUGCAGUUGCUGGGUGACCUUAGGCCGGUCAUACUUCUUUGAAGUCUCUCAGCCCCACUCACCUCACAGAGUGUUUGUUGUGGGGGAGGAAGGGAAAGGAGAAUGUUAGCCGCUUUGAGACUCCUUAAAGGGAGUGAAAGGCGGGAUAUCAAAUCCAAACUCUUCUUCUUCUUCUUCUGUCUCCACUCAGAGGCAGCAUGGGAAUCUUGGGUGGGCUGUUGUCCUCCUUGCGUCUCGUUGGCCACUGGGUAGGCCUUUGACUUGAUCUCCAGGGCCCUUUGCAUAUUUAACUCCCCAGUUCUUAACACCUGCUUUCGUUUUGCUGCCCGGUGUUCUGGGGACGCAGCUAGAAUUCGAAUCCUGCCCUCGUAAUCUUUCGCAGCUCCUUUGCGGUUUUGGGUCGCCCGCAAAGAUGCGCCUCUUUCUCUCUCUAAAGCCAGAGCAGGAAACCUGAUUGCCCCACUUUGCAGAUGCCUGGGACACGGUUGCUAGGGAACUGCCAGAAAGCUCAUUAACAGCUGAGAUUAAGCAGUGAGCCUGGAAGGAAGCAGAAAGAGAAAGAAAGAGAGGUGAAGAAAAGAAAGGAAGGUGUCAAGGUGAGGGAGGGUGAAAGGAGAGAGGGAGAGAAAGAGGAGGGAGGGAGCUCUCACAAGCACUGAAACUGCAUUGGGGUCCUAACCAGUGCGAUUUUAUUUAUUUUAUUGCAUUUAUAUCAGACCUUUCCCCCCCAAGGAGCUCAAAGUGGCAUAUAUGGAGGUGUUCAGAUCCGGCCUGCAGGUUGGCCACUGUGAGAACAGGCCACUGGCAUGAUGCGCUGGCCUUCUUACGUUCCUCUCUGUGGCAUGUGAGAUGGCAAGCUGUAAACACCCUCCACGCAUUUAUGUGAGUGUGCACUCAAGGCCAUAUGCGUCCGUUCCGCACGCAGAGGUUUUUAUUUCCGAGCACAAUUCAAAGUAUUGGUGUUGACCUUGAAAGCCCUAAACGGCCUCGGCCCAGUAUACCUGAAGGAGCGUAUCCACCCCCAUCAGUCUGCCCAGACAUUGAGGUCCAGCGCUGAGGGCCUUCUGGCGGUUCCCUCCCUGUGAGAAGUGAGGUUACAGGAACCAGGCAGAGGGCCUUCUUGGUGGUGGCACCCGCCCUGUGGAACGCCCUCCCACCAGAUGUCAAAGAGAACAACAACUACCUGACAUUUAGAAGACACCUGAAGGCAGCCCUGUUCAGGGAAGUUUUUAAUGUGUGACAUUUUAAUGCACCGUAUUUUUGCUCUAUAAGAUGCACCAGACCACAAGACGCACCUAGUUUUUGGAGGAGGAAAACAAGAAGAAGAAAAAUUCUGAAUCUCAGAAGCCAGAACAACAAGAGGGAUCACUGCGCAGCAAAAGCAGCGAUCCCUCUUGCUGUUCUGGCUUCUGGGAUAGCUGCGCAGCCUGCAUUUGCUCCAUAAGACGCACACACAUUUCCCCUUACUUUUUAGGAGGGAAAAAGUGAGUCUUAUAGAGCAAAAAAUACGGUAUUUUCAAUCUUUCAAUCUCCCAAGAUGCUCUGAGGAAGGAGCAGGGCCCAGGAGCACGUGAAUCUUUUUUCUUCUUCAGGUGGACCGUGGCUUUUGAGCGAAGCGUUUCCCAAACAUCAAACAGGCUGCGCUCUGAACAUUAAGCAGCGGGAGGUGGCGAUGACUUGGCAAGCCCAGUUUGAUCCUCAAAGCUGCUAGAGGAUCAAAGUCACAAGGGACUGCCAAGUCAUUGCAACUGAUUCAUCCGAGGGUUUGCUGUUGGCACAGACCAAAAACCUGCAGGUGUAAUCUGGGGAUGUGGGCAGGCUUGAUGCAAUUCUCUCACUGCCCUGGCAGGUCGCAGACAGAAGGCCUCCGGAACACGGAUUGGUUUUGCCGCGUAUCCCUUCAGAAUAUUUCUGUCCCACCUUUCUGCAUCGAAAUUUUGAAGAGGGCUCACAAGGGUACAAUGAAAAUGGCUGCAAUGGUACAGUACAGAGACAGUGCGGUGCAGUGGUUAGAGUGCUAGACUAUGGCUUGGGAGAGCAGGGUUCGGAUUCCUUCUUAGCCGUGAAGCUCACUGGGUGGCAAGCCUAGCUGAGAACGAAAGAAACGCCAAAAGCCAAACCCCUAAUAAAACAGCAAUAGAACAAUUAAAAUGAUUACUUUCUGGAAUAACGUCUUUUUUUAGACAAUCAAGCAGAAAUAUUUCAGGUUCCAAGGGUAUAUCAUCGCCUAACAAGAAAUAGUGUUCAACCUUUUAUCAAGAUUAUAAUAGCUAAUAACUGGUGGGGGGAAGCAUAUCUCCUACUAUAUCUGAUUGGAUUGAGAAAAUUUGGUUCAUUGUUACUACCACUAAGCUAACUUAUUGCAAAAUAAUUCAUAUCAACCAGCCUAACGUGCUUAUGGGGAAAUGGGCAUUUUUGGGCAAUGUUUUGGAACAACAAGCUCAAGGAAAAUGCCCAACCUUAAGUUGUUUCCAAUCUGCUGCAAUUGUAUUUAUUAAUGUCCUUUUAUCUUUUGUUUAAAGGGACGCGGGUGGCGCUGUGGUCUAAACCACUGAGCCUAGGACUUGCCGAUCAGAAGGUCAGCGGUUCGAAUCCCCGCGACGGGGUGAGCUCCCAUUGCUCGGUCCCUGCUCCUGCCAACCUAGCAGUCCGAAAGCACGUCAAAGUGCAAGGAGAUAAAUAGGUACCGCUCCGGUGGGAAGGUAAACGGCGGGAAGGUAAACGGCGUUUGCGUGCGCUGCUCUGGUUUUGCCAGAAGCGGCUUAGUCAUGCUGGCCACAUGACCCGGAAGCUGUACACCGGCUCCCUCGGCCAGUAAAGCGAGAUGAGCGCCAAAACCCCAGAGUCGUCUGCGACUGGAGCUAACGGUCAGGGGUCCCUUUACCUUUACUUUUCUCUUUGGUUUAUGCUGUUUAUUAAUGAACAAAAUAACAUAAAAUAAUUACAGCAUCCUCUCCAACAUUCCACUGAAGAAAAUCAGCACCCAUGUCUUUGGGCGCCAUGCUCUUGUGCGAGUCGGCUGUCUCGUGUGGGGCCACAAUGCCGAAAGCCGCGCAAGCUAGCUGACUUGCACGAGAGCCUUGCACGACCGCAAGCAACCGUUGGCUGCCAGCUCAUAUUCCUCCCCAAGCUUGGCGGUUGGCGGGAUAUCCCAGGAUCCUUUUGGAAGCUGGGACAUUCUUCUGUAAUUCCAGGAUGUCCUGGGAAAAUCGGGACGGUUGCAGGGUAUGUUGCAGCAACCAUCACGAGCAGAACAGGUUGUCUGCUUUAAGCACGGGUGAGAAAGCUCAGAUCUGCAAGGCUGCUGGUGGCUGGUGCUACCAACCAUGUCAUCUCCUCCAGGUAUCUCCAGAGCAAACUUGGUGCUGAGCCUUGAAGUUGUGUUGUAUCUCUGCAGCAGCUGCAGAGGGCAGUUUCGUUCUCCCAUCCAAAGCCUGCAGGUCUAUGAAUAGUGCAGUGGAUUGCCAUAAGGGCCCCUUUGUUCACCCCGGUGGCAUGUGAGCUGCCUGGGGCUGCUUGCUCCCAGUAGCAUCCUGGAUCCUGCAGUUCCUUGAUCUGCUGGGCUCCUCUGGAAGCGCCUGCUUCCUUGGACAGGGAGGAGAGAACACAGGUGGGUCCUUGCAGACAGGUAGUAACAUAAGGCGGUGAAGGUCUUGUGUGAGUGUCUGGAGGCGGUUGGAGGUUGGAUGGCGGCUAACAGACUGAGGUUGAAUUCUGACAAGACAGAAGAACUGUUUUGGGGGGACAGGAGGCGGGCGGGUGUGGAGGACUCCCUGGUCCUCAAUGGGGUAACUGUGCCCCUGAAGGACCAGGUGCGCAGCCUGGGAGUCAUUUUGGACUCACAGCUGUCCAUGGAGGCGCAGGUCAGUUCUGUGUCCAGGGCAGCUCCAUCUGGUACGCAGGAUGAGACCCUCCCUGCCCGCGGACUGCCUCGCCAGAGUGGUGCACUCUCUAGUUAUCUCCCGCUUGGACUACUGCAAUGCGCUCUACAUGGGGCUACCUUUGAAGGUGACCCGGAAACUACAACUGAUCCAGAAUGCGGCAGCUAGAUUGGAGACUGGGAGCGGCCGCCAAGACCACAUAGCACCAGUCUUGAAAGACCUACAUUGGCUCCCAGUACAUUUCCAAUCACAAUUCAAAGUGUUGGUGCUGACCUUUAAAGCCCUAAACAGCCUCGGUCCAGUUUAGGGGGGAAAUCCAUCCAAUAAACAUUAGAUGAUCCCCAGGGCUAGCUGGCUAAAUUAGUCCUAUUUGGGCCAGCGAGGAGACCAGGGGAGAAUUAGCUGUGGGAUCCCAGAGCGGGUAAUCUUCAUAAAAAGGGGAAAGGAAGGGGAAUAAAAGAUCAGGCUAAGUUCACAUUGAAAGCCAGGUGGAAUAGCUCUGUCUUGCAAACCCUGUGGAAGGAAGUUAAAUCCUGUAGGGCCCUGGUCUCCUGGGACAGAGCAUUCCACCAGGUCGGAGCCAUCACUGAGAAGGCCCUGGCCCUCGUGGAGGAUAAUGUAACUUCCUUAGGGCACUUUGUGGUUGCAAUAAGUCGGCGGUGUGGAAAAGGAACUCUUUGCAUGCACAGGUGCCCUGUGCUGGCAGGAGUUGGCAUUCAAAGAGCUGUAGCUUUUGGAAGGCUGGCCCAGAUUAACUCCUUCCUCUCUUAACAGCUUUGGGCUCCAUCCAUGAACCUAUACUUGAACACUUAAUGCUCUGAGACCAUCUUCUCUCUCUCUCUCUCUCUCUCUCUCUCUCUCUCUCUCUCUCUCUCGUGCUCCCCAUCCCAUUGAAAACACAAGAGGGGGAGGAUUGCAAAAGACAGAUGUCGUCGCCCACCGCAGGGCGGAGUGGAGGGAAUCGAUUACCCAGUCUCUAAAGACUCAGGUCAAGUCUGGGGGCCGUCAGAGGUCGCCUUCCAGAUGGCGAGACGUGUGUCUUGAGAAAAGAGGGUCGACUUGCUUUGUAAGGUGAUAAGGCAGCUCUCGAAGGAACUCCCCCUUUGAGGCGGCUCAAUGAAUCAAAGCACCGAUCUCACCCAAAACCCCUCGCUCAGAAAAAGGGGCGUCCUACGGAGCUCUAUUGUACACUUCCCUGCUUGGGCGCUCUCUGCAGAGCUCAGCAAGCCCACCAGCCCAAAGGUUUACGGCAAUGUAUAUUAUCAAGCAGGAAAACAGGACUGAGGGAGAGGGAUAUGACACGAUAUUGUCAUUGUCCCAUACAAAACAGCGAAAUUGAAAAAAUCUACACCAGACAUUCAAAAACCACCAAGCCUGCUAUCCCAGCCUGGUUAGCCCCCUAAAAACCCGGAUACCCCAUAAUUAAAUACAAUAUACUCCCAUAGAGACUACCUUAAAGGUAAAGGGACCCCUGACCAUUAGGUCCAGUCGUGGCCGACUCUGGGGUUGCGGCGCUCAUCUCGCUUUAUUGGCCGAGGGAGCCGGUGUACAGUGUGGCCAGCAUGACUAAGCCUCUUCUGGCAAACCGGAGCAGCGCACGGAAAUGCCGUUUCCCUUCCCGCUGGAGUGCUAUCUAUUCAUCUACUUGGACUUUGACGUGCUUUCGAACUGCUAGGUUGGCAGGAGCAGGGACCGAGCAACGGGAGCUCACUCCGUCGUGGGGAUUCGAACCGCUGACCUUCUGAUCAGCAAGUCCUAGGCUCUGUGGUUUAACCCACAGCGCCACCCACGUCCCUAAAGCAUAGUAGUGGUUGCAUUAAAGAAAGCAUCAAAGGACAAAGGGAUGAUGUGUAGAUUGAUCCAAUAUAAAUCCACCGUUACCGUAUUUUUCGUCCUAUAGGGCGCACCGGCCCAUAGGAUGCACCUCGUUUUUUGGGGGGAAAAUGAAUAAAAAAAAAUUAUUCCCCCCCCCCAGCCGCGGCUGCAGCCCCAAGCCUUGCGCACACCUGCCCGAAGCACGGGGCGCCCUCCGGAGGGCUCCCUGUGCUUCGGGCGGCAGGCUGCCGCCCCAAGCCUCGCACGCCCGGCGGGACCUCCCGCCGGGCGCGCAAGGCUUGAGGAUAGCUUCCUGCAGCCUGGAGAGCUAGAGGCAUCGGUGUGCACCGACCCCUCUCACUCUCCAGGCUUCCGCGAAAGCCUGCAUUCGCCCCAUAGGACACACACACAUUUCCCCUUCAUUUUUGGAGGGGAAAAAGUGUGUCCUAUGGGGCGAAAAAUACAGUAAUUAUUGUGUCAAUGAAAAAUGGCAAAAUAUGUUCAUACGCGCGCACAAAAAAACCCCACCAGCUGGGAGAGACACCCUUGCACUACAGUGCAACAAAGCCUGGACCACACUUCUGUCUCUGCUCCCCAGUGGUGUAAUCUUAUUCCUUCUGCAGCGGGGUCCCUCUCUCCAGCGCCCUAGAGCAAGCAUAGGCAAACUCGGCCCUCCAGAUGUUUUGGGACUACAACUCCCAUCAUCCCUAGCUCACAGGACCAGUCCUCAGGGAUGAUGGGAGUUGUAGUCCCAAAACAUCUGGAGGGCCGGGUUUGGGGGUUCCUGCCCUAGAGUCACUCAAGUCAUCACAGAAGGGGAGCUUUUCAGCCAUGGUUUGGAGUCAGAGUGCAAGGAGCUGAGUUGGCCACUGGGGACAGGAAGAAGGUGUGAGCUUAAAAUGUGAGAGAAGUCAUUCCAGACACUCCAAAGCUAAGCGUUUAGGAAUCCCGAAAGCACCAGGUGCUUCCGUUUUCAAGGGAAUGGGGUUCGAAUUCUGCUACGUGCAACGGGACAACUUAACUCGCUCCGAAAUAAGAUAUUAGAGCACUUGAAAUCGCUUACCCAUGGACGUGCACAGAGAAUAGCAGAUCCAGCUGAACUCCUGGUAAUCUGCGCUGAAGAAGAAGAAGAAGAAGAGUUUGGAUUUGAUAUCCUGCCUUUCACUCCCUUUAAGGAGUCUCAAAGCGGCUAACAUUCUCCUUUCCCUUCCUCCCCCACAACAAACACUCUGUGAGGUGAGUGGGGCUGAGAGACUUCAGAGAAGUGUGACUGGCCCAAGGUCACCCAGCAGCUGCAUGUGGAGGAGCGGAGACGCGAACCCGGUUCCCCAGAUUACGAGACUACCGCUCUUAACCACUACACCACACUGGCUGAGCGUUGCAAUGCAUCUUAAGUUACGAUUGUUGUGUAAUUAUAAGGUGGUUGCAUAAUCUCUGCAGGGGUCUGGCUGGGACUGGGCGUCGCUGCAACUAGGAUUGUUUAUUAUGUUUGUUUUAUUAUGUUGGAAGCCACCCAGAAUGGCUGGGGCAAGUGGGCAGGGUACAAAUAAUAGAAUUAUUAUUAUUAUUAUUAUUAUUAUCCUGCAGCGCUUCUGAAUUUGCUUCCAGACUGUUGCUGCCCCCUGAGGCUUCCUCCUCCUUCUCCCCGAUCUUGAACCAAGUGGCAAUUCACCUCCAUCUUUCUAUUUCUUUCCUCACCAUUAAGGGCCGUUGGUCCACCCUGGUACUUAAAAUAAUAAUAAUCAUCAUCAUCAUCAUCAUCAUCAACCUGCCUUGAGAUGACACUUCCAGGUCCUCGCCUUCCAAGAUCCUGCUGCCAUAUUUGGACAGCAGGAAGAACCAUUUGGACCCAGUUGCCAUGGUUCUUGCUUAGUGCCCAGUUGCCGUGGCAACCGUUGGCCAGGAAGAGGCGGGUUUAGACGUGGGUUAAAAUGAUCUGCUCCGUCUGCUGAGGGUGGGGGGGGGGCGGAUUCUCCACCGCAAGAUACGUUUCGGGAUUUUUAUAUAUUUUUAAAAUUACAUUUAUAUCACACCUUUUCUCUCUCCAAAGGAGCUCAAGGUGGUGAAAAUGGUUCUCUCUCUCUCUCACACACACACCCCCAUUUAAUUUCCACAACAACCCUGUGAGGUAGGUUAGGCUGAGAGGCAGUGAGCCUCAUGGCUGAGUGUGGAUUUGGACCCUGGUCUUCUCCCAGGUCCUAGGCCGAGACUCUAACCACUAUGCAAUACUGUCUGUCUGCUGACUGGUCCUUCUUGGGUACCAACAUCAUGCUUAAGCAAGUAGUCCAGGGGUCAGCAAACUUUUUCAGCAGGGGGCCGGUCCACUGUCCCUCAGACCUUGUGGGGGGCCGGAUUAUAUUUUGAGGGGGGAAAUGAAGAAAUUCCUAUGCCCCACAAAUCACCCAGAGAUGCAUUUUAAAUAAAAGCACACAUUCUACUCAUGUGAAAACACCAGGCAGGCCCCACAAAUAACCCAGAGAUGCAUUUUAAAUAAAAGGGCACAUUCUACUCAUGUGAAAACAUGCUGAUUCCCGGGCUGUCCGAGGGCCGGAUUGAGAAGGCGAUUGGGCCGGAUCCGCCCCCGGGCCUUAGGUUAGUCCAUGUUGGCAUAGAUCGACUUGGGACGUCCCAGCUCCACCAGUGCCGCAAAGAUGCUGAAACAAAUAUCCCAAUGUUCAGGGCAACAGGCAGUAGGAGAUCAGGACCUGUUUACCUGGCUCAGUUGGCAGAGCGUGAGACUCAAGGUCCUGGGUUCGAAUCCUUCGUUGGGCAAAAGAUUCCUGCAUCGCAGGGGGUUGCAGAUGACCAUUGUGGUCCUUUCCAGCUCCAUGAUUCUGUGAUUUAAUAUCAUUCAAAGCAAGAACCCUGCAGUGCAGACCUCCUUAAUAUAAACCAGGGUUUCCCAAACUUUUUUUCAGGACAGAAAAUUCAUCCCCAGUGCCCCCUAGCCUACAAAAAUAUAGCUGACAGAUAAAAAAGUUUUCUUUCUCUUUCUUUUCCUUUCCAUCUUUUUUCAUUCCCCCCCCCUUUCGCCGCUUAAUCUUCUUUCUUUCUUUUCCUCUCUCUCUUUCUGCUCUGUGUUUUUAUUUAGAUCAGCUUCUCGGUUUUGAUAAAAAUAUAUCCAAUAUUAAUCAUUGUAUUCCCUCCCCCUCCGAAUUUCGAUAAAAUCUGUUCAGAAUAGCAGCUGGGGCGACCCACCCAGGAAGGUAAUAACACAGCAAAAUUUGAACCGGUAACUUUUAAUGGCACGUUUAUUCAGCAUCCAAUUAAAAUGAUUUAGUUUACUUAAUUAGAGGAAACUGAUGCACUUGAAACAGUGAUAGUCUGGUAGUCGUUCACACCCCACAACACUUCCCUGAAACACCCCCUUACCUCUUAUGCCACCACCUUAAUUGGGAACCACUACUAUAGGUGAACAAACUGAGGAGACGAAUUACCGUACAUUUCCCCAGGCAAUAAUAACUGGAGCGAUUUGGUGCCCUUCACCCUUGUUGAACUCGCUUUUCUGGGGGUGGGUAACCUCCGCAAAACAAACAAUUGCCAACAGAGAAUAUUGUUGUGUUCGGCUCCUAACUUAAGGUUACCAGAUUUUUUUCCCCAGUGAACCCGGGGACGCUUUUCAACUUCCAUGGAUUUUGUAUGGGAACUGAUUGGUAAAUCUGGGGAUUGUCCCCGGGAAACGGGGACGUCUGAUAACCUUAUCCCAGGGGUCAGCAAACUUUUUCAGCAGGGGGCCGGUCCACUGUCCCUCAGACCUUAUGGGGGGGCUGGACUAUAUUUUGGAAAAAAAUAAUGAACGAAUUCCUAUGCCCCACAAAUCACCCAGAGAUGCAUUUUAAAUAAAAGCACACAUUCUGCUCAUGUGAAAACACCAGGCAGGCCCCACAAAUAACUCAGAUAUGCGUUUUAAAUAAAAGUAUAAGUAUUGGGUGGGUCAGGAAACGUUUUCAGCAGGGGGCCGGUCCACUCUCCCUCAGACCUUGUGGGGGGGGGGGCGGACUAUAUUUUGAAAGUAAAGAAAGAGAAUUCCUAUGUCCCACAAAUAACCCAGAAAUGCAUUUUAAAUAAAAGCACACAUUCUACUUGUGUAAAAACACCAGGCAGGCCCUACAAAUUACCCAGAGAUGCAUUUUAAAUAAAAGGACACAUUCUACUCAUGUAAAAACAUGCUGACCAUCCACGGGCCAGAUUUAGAAGGGGAUUGGGCCAGAUCCGGCCCCCGGGCCUUAGUUUGCCUACCCAUGCCUUAUCCUAACAGGGGAUAGACCCAUUAGUAUCCCACCGCCAGGACCACGUGGAGGUGGGAAGCUCAGGCUGAUUUUCUUCAAUCUGUUUUGGAGGUUUCGAAGCUGAGAGAGAGAGAGAGCAAAUGAACGCCGGUCUGCCUUAACCUCUCCAAAAAUAACCUCACAAGGCUCAGAUGGGGGUUCCUCCUCCUCCUUGGACUGCUCCUUUGCAAUAAGGGGGUCAGCAGGAGCAGAAUGGAGGGGGGUGCAUCACCCAGAGGAAUUUUGUAAAUGUGAUGUGAUCCUCAAAGCCGCUGCGUCUUCCCAUCCGAUCCCCACCCCAGCACUUUAGGCAGGGCUGUCUUUAGCAUAUGCGCCGCCGGGGUGCGAAGAUCCGCCCGGCACCCCCAAAUUUAGUUUAGCCGCCCCCAAAGGUGUCAAAGGUGCCGCUGACCCCGCUGUCACAUAGCAGCUCAAGACAAUACAUAACAUAAUAUUUUGAUGGAGGAGUUAAUUUUGCGUGCACGGCGCUGUUGAGAAUGACAAGCAUCACCACUAAUGUGGUGCGUCUUUGGUAAAUGAGCACACAAAGUCAAAAGUCCUUUAGUGAAACAGUAGGUAUAUAUUUCGGUAAUACCUAGGUAUAUAUGCACCAUAUUUUUCGCUCCAUAAGAUGCACCUGACAAUUAGACGCACCUAAUCUUUAGAGGAGGAAAACAAGGAAAAAAAUAUUCUGAACGAAACAGUAGGUGUAUGAUUUUUGUGGUUCAUUCUGUGGCCACAGACAUGAUAUGUGAUUUGACGGUGAGUUUGGGGUAGCCCAGUGCAAAAAUCCUGUGGAUCCAUGUGGAUCCGUGCUUUGUAACCACGUUUUUGCGCCAUUGCGGCCCCACGAAACAGUGGAUGCGUGAAUUUUUUGCUGCAGGCUGUAGCCAUGGACAUGCUAUGUGAUCUGAUGGUGAAUUUGGGGUGACCCAAUGCAAAAAUCCUGAGGAUCCAUGUGCUUUUACCUCCCCCCUCCCAGGCAGCCUCCUUUAUCUCUAGCAUCCCUUAUCUCUCUCCCGAUCCCACCAAUCAGCUGCUUCCUUUCAACACCCCCUUCCCUCUUGUUUGCCUUAGUGUCUUUUCCUUAGCUGGAGCAGUUUUUUGCUCCUCCUUUUCUUCUAAUUUCUCUCCUCAUUGCUUGUUUUGAGUAUUCUUGUCUCCUUUCCUUGCAAGUUCACUGUCUUUACCUCCCCACCCUCCCCUGGCAGCCUCCUUUACCAGCAGCCUUAUCUCCCUCCUGAUCUCUUGCCGAUCAACGACUUUGUUUCAACAUCCACUUCCCUCUUUCAAAAAAAGAAAAAAAAGGGGGGGAAAGCAUGAUCUGCUUUUUGCCCCUGGGCAAUUCGGCUCCAGGGACCACGCAUUUGCUCUAUAAGACGCACAGACAUUUCCCCUCACUUUUUAGGAGGAAAAUACGGUAUUUAGUUUUUCUAGCUUGAUGAAACUUAUUUCUUAUUGCAUAACAGGUAGAUAGUUAUGAGCUUAGGCGGUUUCAGCGGGCAGGUGCCUGGCGCCCCCCAGAAUUGGGCGCCCAGGUGCCCCGCACCUCUUGCACCCCCGGGUAAAGAUGGCCCUGACUUUAGGCCUCAUCCUACCAGCUCCCCUAUGCAGGAGUGCCAACUUAGCCCCUCAGCUAUGGCUGUGGGUGCCAUGUGGUGUGCAUAGCCUUGGCAUCGAAAUUUGUGGGUGCCCGGCCCCUUCAUGGGGAAUUUUGUGGGUGCUUGGGCACCCAGGGCCUCAGGGAGUUGGCACCUUUGGCCUCCGUGCACUCCAAAUUUCCCCAUUCUUUCUUUUCAUUGUCAAUUCACACAAACACACACGCCGUAACCCCGACUCCUAUCUUCUCUGCACAACGUAAGCUCUCCUGGUUGGGACCAUUUUUCACCUGUUUUGUGUGUUGUUGUUGUUGUUGUUGUGCCCUUCACCCUAAGGUGGGUUACGUUAAAACGCAAUGCUGAAAACAGUUUGGCGUAAGUACCAUCUGAUUCUCCGGCGGCAGGAUCCGUCUUGUGGUUUGGGCUAACAGGAUAAUAGUCAAUAAAAGUGCUUUUUAAAAGAAACGGUUUGAAGCAACUUACCGUAUUUUUCGCUCUAUAAGACGCACCAGACCACAAGACGCACCUAGUUUUUGGAGGAGGAAAACAAGAAAAAAAAUAUUCUGAAUCUCAGAAGCCAGAACAGCAAGAGGGAUUGCUGCUUUCACUGUGCAGCGAUCCCUCUUGCUGUUCUGGCUUCUGGGAUAGCUGUGCAGCCUGCAUUCGCUCCAUAAGACGCACACACAUUUCCCCUUACUUUUUAGGAGGGAAAAAGUGAGUCUUAUAGAGCAAAAAAUACGGUACAACCACAGAAAUGAAGCGAGUCUUAAAAAGAUUCAGGCUGAAGCAGUGCAUCAUGCUUUUUAAUAUCUAUAUGAAGCCGCUGGGAGAGAUCAUCAGGGGGUUUGGGCUGGGUGUUCAUCAGUAUGCGGAUGAUACCCAGCUCUGCCUCUCUUUUAAAACAGAACCAGUGAAGGCGGUGAAGAUCCUGUGUGAGUGCCUGGAGGCAGUUGUAUGAUGGAUGGCGGCUAACCGAUUGAGGUUGAAUCCUGACAAGAGAGAAGUACUGUUUUGGGGGGGACAGGGGGCGGGCAGGUGUGGGGGAUUCCCUGGUCCUGAAUGGGGUCACUGUGCCCCUGAAGGACCAUCAUCAAGGAUGAUGAUUCCCAUCAUCCCUGACCACUGGUCCUGUUAGCUAGGGAUGAUGGGGUUGUAGUCCCAAAACAUCUGGAGGGCCAAGUUUGGCCAUGCCUGACAUAUGGGGGGAAAAUAAGGCCCUCCAGUAUGUUUACACUUCCAAAAUUUACUUAACGCAUUUUUAAACUUCUUAGCCACUUUUUACAUUUGUGUUUUAAAGACAGUUAAUUUUUUCAUAUUUUCCGGGAAGCAGUUUGAGCUCCUAUCAAGGGUCACCUCGACGCUCAGAUUUUUGCUCUUCCUUUCCAUGUUUGCAGGACUAAGAGGGAUCUCCGGGUUCAGGUCUCGGACUGCAUUCAGCUCAGCCUCCACGGGCGGAAAAAAUUGGUCUCCGUGGAGACGCGUGCAGAACAGACCACGCCCGACUUCGCCAAGAGCCGUGAUGGCUUCGUGCUUCUCUGGCCGAGGAGAUAAACACUGGUCAAUUUUGGAGGACAGGACUUCAUCCCAACAGCCCCUCAACGGAGAGUAAAAAUAAUCAUCAUCAAGGCAGCUGUGUUUUAGAAUCAUGCAGCAAAGCAUCGCUGCUUGGACUGCUAGUGUGGAGUAGGAACCCUAUCAAACAAAAGGAAAGAAGUACCUAGCCUUAGAUUCUUUCCUUCGUUCUCUCUUUCUUUUUUUAAUACUUUAUUGACAAUCUUAUACAACAAAUAUAGUAUAAAUCUUCUUUAACUGGACAUGAGUAUAAAUCUUACAAACAAAACAACAACCAUAUACAAGGCAUACCCCUUUUGUCAACAAACAAUAAACUUAAUUUAUAUUUCUAC